GGGGGGGGUGCGGUUUGCAAAGCGCGCAAGGACACCCACAGUCCGCGCUCCUCCAUAACAAGCCAGCCUCUCCUCGCGCAUCCAUCGUCGGCUCCGGACAAUAAGCGGUUGGCGGAGGGGAUGCUUUGCUGCUGCUACCGGCAGCCGCCUUCCUCCGCGGCCCCUGGGACGCGCAGAUCUUGAAGGAGGAGGAGGAGGAAGAGAGGAGGAGGGAAAAGGGGAAAAGGAGAGCGAGAUCAAUCCAGCCCAGCAGCCUCUCUCUGUCUCCUUCCCUCUCUCCUUUGCACCUUGCAAGGUUGCCAGGCUGUAGGAGCGGAGCGCGCCAGCCGCGGCACCGAAAAUGGAGUAAGUCUUCCCUUUCGCUUCACUUCCCCGAGCUCUUUUCUCCUUCCAUCCUUCCUCCCUCCCUUCUGCGUGCACCUUCCUCCUUAAACCCACACCCCACCCCGCUCCGCGCUUGCUGUUUUUCUCCCUGCUGCAAAGCCCAUCUCGGCUGAUGUUCGUCGGUGGUUUGGCGCACAGGCGGUGGGUGGUUGUGCGUUUGUUUGCGUGGAGAGAGGGAGGGAAGAAAAGGGGAGACGUGGCUAUAUGGACACCCCCAAAUCCGAGAGGGCUCCCGCACCCCAGAUUUGCCCUCCCUCCACCCUACCCUGCGUAUUGCUCAUCAGCACUUUGUGGUGGGGGAAGCACAUCUUCCACUUCCCAGUGGAAGAGAUUUGGGGACGAUUGGUGGCGUUUGCAUUUUGGCAUGUGGUCGAACCAUCUCUCUGACUUCUUCUUUUUUUUUUUACCUGUUGUUUGUUUCCUGCGUGAUUCUGCGUGGCAGCCUCCACCCAUCUCCCCCCCCUUUCCUCGCCCCCCUCCCCACUCGCCGUGACUCAGGCGGUUCCCAGAGGCUGCCUUCUUCUCUCUCUCCACAUCCUUCCCCGGUUCCAAUCCUGAUUUUUUUGGUUGUUGUUGUUUUCAAAGGAAGGGCGUACAGAGAAGACGAGGCGUCUUCCAUUGGGCUUGGGCAGGGAGGAAGAGAGAGGAAGAGGAAGAGAGAGAGAGAGAAAGGAGGUCUGGCCCUGUCAUUAGGCAGGCUGAGGAAGGAUUCUCAGUCAGCAGAGGAUAGAAGGAUUGCAGGUGCUUGGAGCCGCCUCUCCGCCACGUGGGCCAGAGUCGCUUCCCUGAACCCAGCGAACCUGCCGGGCCAUCUCCUGUGUUGAAAAUCUAGUGGCUGGCCCUGCUGGGAUUUGGGUGGGGGAUCUUUUCCUUUGCCUCAGGCGGCAAAAUGGCUUGGGACGGCCAUAUGGAAUAUGUUACUAGGCCUGAGGAAUGACCCAACGUGUGUGUGUUUUGUGUGUGUGUGUGUGUGUGUGUGUGUGUAUAUAUAUAUAUAUAUAUACAAUGGUACCUCGAGUUAAGUACUUAAUUCAUUCUGGAGGUCCGUUCUUAACCUGAAACUGUUCUUAACCUGAAGCACCACUUUAGCUAAUGGGGCCUCCUGCUGCCGCCGGAGCACGAUUUCUGUUCUCAUCCUGAAGCAAACUUCUUAACCCAAGGUAAUAUUUCUGGGUUAGCAGGGUCUGUAACCUGAAGUGCAUGUAACCUGCAGCGUAUGUAACCUGAGGUACCACUGUGUGUGUGUGUGUGUGUGUGUGUGUGUAUAUAUAUAUAUAUAUAUAUAUAUAUAUGGUCUGUCAAGCUUAGGAUGCUCUGCUCUGGCCGGCAGCUGCCCUCCAGGGCUCCUUUCCUUAUUAUUAUUAUUUUCGUUUCGGAGAUUUCUACCCCGCCUUUCAAACCACGGUUCUCUCAAGGCAAGCUCCCCACAAACAGAGAGCAACGUCGAAACAGCAAACGUCUAAAAUGUUGAAAGCGAGCGUGAAACCGUUUGUAGCAGCAAAUAUCAAUACAGUGGUACCUCGGGUUACAUACGCUUCAGGUUACAGACUCCGCUAUCCCAGAAAUAGUGCUUCAGGUUAAGAACUUUGCUUCAGGAUGAGAACAGAAAUCGUGCUCUGGCGGCGCGGCGGCAGCAGGAGGCCCCAUUAGCUAAAGUGGUGCUUCAGGUUAAGAACAGUUUCAGGUUAAGAAUGGACCUCCGGAACGUAUUAAGUACUUAACCCGAGGUAUCACUGUAUCUAAAAUGUUGGAAACGGGCACAGCAGCACAGAUGAGACCAGCGGGCCGCCACAGGCAGGAUGGAAUCGUAGAAAGAGAACAUUUAAAAGCAAAGAGGGUCAUUCAUUGGAAAUCUGGCCCUAAAAACGGGCCCUGUGUCAUUUUUUAAAGGGGUCUGAACCCAGAAAUCUUACUCCCUAAGCCCUCAAAACAUUCAUUUCAGCUUCUGCAUGGUGCUGAUCUGCGGAUGGUUUUGUAGAAAAAACAAACCGUUGGGGUUUCCAGACCAAAUAUCUCGAUGGGGGAACCUUCUCAGAGGUUUCUCAGGGUGGUACAGAAACAGGACUUUGGAUGCUUGAGCUCCCUCUGUGCAUUCCCCCCGGCGAGACCUCUGUCGGUACCAGCACCCCGGCCUUUGCUAGGAUAUUUCCCCCAGCGGGGUCUCUUCCGGCCCACCCGUUUGGCAGAGCGGCGCCCAGCGUCCUGGGAUUCCCCCCUCACUUGAAACCUCGCCUGGCACAAAUUUGGAAGGGGAGGCUGCAUGAAUGAGUGCCAGCUUUGGCCCACAACUGUGGGUGCCCAGGGUGUGUGUGUGUGCCAUGCAGCGGGCACGGCCCUGGCAUAGCCGUAUCUUACAGGAGGGCUAGUCGGGGAGGGGGGUUUUGAAGCCUCCAGGGGGCUGCCACUGGCCUUGUGGGUGCCAAACUGGGUGAAAUAAAGCUUCGUUUUGCUCCUGGCGGCACCGAAAUUGUGGGUGCCUGGCCGUUCCGUGGGGAAUUUCGCGGGGGCCCAGGGAGCCGGCACCUCUGUAAAGCUGCUUAUCUGCACCCUCCACUCUCCUUUCCGAGAACAAAAAAAAUAAUUUGUGCUUUCCCCAGCAGCCUCCAUGAGGAUUUGCUGGCGCCAGGCAGAAUCUCCCGGGAGAUCUAGCCCAGAGAGUUGUCUUGACAUCAGCAUGCACCAGAGAGCGAGCGAGAGAGAGAAGGAUUACAUUUCCACAGCAAAGGAUUCGCUCCCAGCUCCAGGCUGGGGGUCCGGGGCUUUUGGCAACGUGUGUGCCUGCCCCGAAUGUCUGUGGACGUUCCGUGACGUAACGGGAGCGCAUCCCCUGUUCCUCGGAGCCUGCUUUUAAAUUCCAAAUCCCUCCUAUUCUGGAGAGAUAGAAAAGAAUGGAAGGGUUUGCAUCACAUUUGAUACACUCCCAUGGGAGAAAGAAUCAGAAAGCCUUUUAAAAAAAUAAAGCAGGCUAUAGGGUUUCUAAUAAGGUUCCAGUUUUUAGGGUAAAUCUUCCAAGGACUUUUUUUUUCCUGCAGGGGAGCAAAUUAGGAAACCCGCCCCCCGCUAAUUUCCCACAAUUCGGUUUAGAUCCUUGGUUUGUUUCUCAUAAGCGCCUUGCAAGAUAUCUUCCAAAUUGUCUUGGCCUAUAUUUCCACGUUUGUCCUGCUAUAUCUAGAGGUUGCUGCUAGAGUGCCGUCGCAAUCACGGGAGUUUGGUAGAGUUGCACGUGCCAAAACAGGCAUAGGUCUCUGUCCCCGGCAGCUUACAGUCAAGAUUUCUGCGCGAUGGAAUGCGUUCAGCGAACCGAAUGUUUGCAUUAGGCAAAAUUGCAUAAGGAAACGGGUCUGUUUAGUACAAAUAAGGUCCCAUCUUCACCAUGCAUUCGAAUCAGCAUCAUAACAAAGUAUCCUGGAAACUGUAGUUUGUUCGUGGUUGUUAGGAGAUCCUAUAUUUCCAUCUCAGAGCUACAAUUCCCAGGGAAGAGGGAUUGAUUUUUUAAAACCACGCCGGGAAUUUUAGCUCCGGGAGGUGAACCGGGUGUGUGUGUGGUCUCCUAACAACUCUCAACACCUGUAAGAAACUACGGUUUCCAGGACUCUCUUUAAAGUGGUGCGGUGCUCCUUUAAACAUAUCGUGCAUUUGGGGCCUGAAAUCCUGAAGGAUUUCCAUGAGAAUGUUUCUUUAAAAAUGCAGACUGAUGUGGAAUAUGGAAUAGGUAAAGGUAAAGGGACCCCUGACCAUUAGGUCCAGUCGUGGCCGACUCUGGGGUUGCGGCGCUCAUCUCGCUUUACUGGCCGAGGGAGCCGGCGUACAGCUUCCGGGUCAUGUGGCCAGGAGCAGGGACCGAGCAACAGGAGCUCACCCCGUCGCAGGAUUCAAACCGCUGACCUUCUGAUCGGCAAGUCCUAGGCUCUGUGGUUUAACCCACAGCGCCACCCGUGUCCCUGGAAUAUGGAAUACUGAGUGGGAAAAUGAGAAAAAUGAGUGGAAGUGAAAUUAACAGAUUUGUCAUUGCCUUUUGGGCAUUUGGCUGGGCAAGGUCACUGAGCAUCAUAACAUCUCUUAAUAACCCUGUAAAAAAAUUGAUCUACUUUGAGUCAAACUUACUCAAGGGAAGAGGAAUCUGCUAAUUUCAGAGGCAAGUCUGUUCUAGACUUCAUACCUUCAGGUUGUCCUUCCUGACAUCCCCUCCUUUUCCAGAAUUUGAACCCCUGUGAUUUGGGAUCUAACUUUCCGGGAGCAACAGAAAAACAAAUUUAUUCCUGCAUUGCAAAGGACCUCUGGGGUCCCUUCCAACUCUUACAAUUCUAUGUGUAGGGAUGCCCCAUUUUGCAUCCAGCUCCACAUGGCAAGGGACGUGGGUGGCGCUGUGGGUUAAACCACAGAGCCUAGGCCUUGCGAUCAGAAGAUCGGCGGUUUGAAUCCCCGUGACGGGGUGAGCUCCUGUUGCUCAGUCCCUGCUCCUGCCAGCCUAGCAGUUCAAAAGCACCUCAAAGUGCAAGUAGAUCAAUAGGUACCGCUCCGGUGGGAAGGUAAACGGCGUUUCCGUGCGCUGCUCUGGUUCGCCAGAAGCGGCUUAGUCCUGCUGGCCACAUGACCUGGAAGCUGUACGCCGGCUCCCUCGGCCAGUAAAGCGAGAUGAGCGCCACAACCCCAGAGUCGGCCACGACUGGACCUCAUGGUCAGGGGUCCCUUUACCUUUUACCACAUGGCAAAUAAAUGCCACUGAGAGUUCAUCGGCGUUUCCGGGGCUAAUUUCUCCCAACGAACGCUCCUUGGGGGAUGCGGUUAGGCUGAACGUUCCCAGUUCCGAUGUGUGCAUCUUCACACACACACUGUACCCCUGGUCUGUGCAUUUAUUUUGGGCACAUGACUUGGCUGCAAAAUUCAGAGUUCGAAAAGCGUCGGCCUCUGUUUUGCAAGGUACAACUGGGUGGAUUCACUUUAAAGGUGGCUCAAAUCCGAAUGCCUCCACCUGUCCCGAUCCCAUGUCCUGUGCGACAGCCUUGCAAGUCUUAACCACUGGGCCUGCUGGUUCCUCAAGGGCCUGCAACUAGUUUCUUAACUUCGGCUAGAUCUCAUUAGUGUGGGUUUCAGUUAGGCCCCCAGCUGCUUCCCAGAGAGAUUAAAGCAGAUCCAAUCAGCCGCUCAGCUUCUCCUCCUCCUCUGCACCUGCAAACUGGUUCCCCGGGCUCCAGAGAGCGUUGCUUUUUUGACUCACAGAACCAUACAAUUGUAUGCAAGGGACCCCAUGCGGUCAUCUAGCCCAACCCCACGCAACGCAGGAAUCGCAGCUAAAGGGGGUUGUUUUCUGAGCAUCGCACAACAGCGAAGUUUAUCCCGUAGCUUCCCAGAGCAUGUUUGUUUGAAUCUUAUUAAAAUUUAUAUACCACCUGAUUUGUGUUUUAGAAACAGCUUCCAAGCAAGGGAGUAGCUCCAGGAAAACCCCUUCCCUUCCACUUCAUCCCCCCUUUCAGACCCCAAACGCUCAACCUGAGCGCAAACUGACAGGCGAAUCGUCACGUGGGCUAGUAACUUGGCCCGGACUUAUUUUGCAAAAAGCCGCCUUGCAGAAACACGCUUUUGUUUUGUUUUUGCUGCCACCGGGAAUCAGAUGGCUUUAAAAGCGUAUUAGACAAAUUCGCGAAGGAGAAGCAAGGGGCUAUCGGCGGCGGUUAGACGUGUUUGCAAAAUAGAGCCUCCCGGUUCUGGCACACUCUACCUCUGGCUUUACCUCACCUGGCAAAGACAGCCUGUCUCUGAAUGGUGGUUGCUGGAGAUCCGAAGUAAUAAUAAUAAUAAUAAUAAUAAUAAUAAUAAUAAUAAUAAUAAUUUAUUUAGAUCCCGUCCUCCCCAGCCGAAGCGAGGCUCAGGGCAGGAAGCAGGGAUCCCAAAUGCAGAGAAUUGCAUUUUCUUACCUUCUUAGGCUUCCUUCCCCUGCGGUCCGGUCGUUUCUUGAGCUUUACACGGACCUGCCUAUUAGAGGGUCCUUUUUUGUGUGUGACAAAUUUGUUGAGCACCUUUCCCCCCUCCAAUAUCUCCCCCCCCCAAAAAAAACCCACUAACUUCUUGAGCUAUUUCUAAGAACCUUCGGGGGAGAAAUCAACACUUCCAACACGGGGUCACCUGGGUUUUCCCCAGUACAUUUCUGAGAUUUUCAGAAAUUCCGCCCGGACGCCCCUGGUGGUGGAACCAAAUGGAGCCCCCAUUUCCAAGAGCAGUCUAUCUCGGAAUGCCACAGGCUGUCCGGAGCACUGUGGGAAACGGCUAGACCAAAGCUAAAAUUUGCUUUCCCCCACAAUCAUGGAGAAAAUAGCUGCAGUUCAGUUCCCUCUGCUGUGAACCGCGGACUUUAUUUAUGUGUUAAUUGGUGCGUUUGCUAUUUACUGUAUUUUUCGCUCUAUAAGACGCACCAGACCACAAGACGCACCUAGUUUGUGGAGGAGGAAAACAAGAAAAAAAAUAUUCUGAAUCUCAGAAGCCAGAACAGCAAGAGGGAUCGCUGCGCAGCCUGUUCUGGCUUCUGGGAUAGCUGCGCAGCCUGCAUUCGCUCCAUAAGACGCACACACAUUUCCCCUUACUUUUCAGGAGGGAAAAAGCGAGUCUUAUAGAGCAAAAAAUAUGGUACUUUGAAACCGAAAAGGUUGCUUGGGAUGUCGGUGCCCGCAAGUCUGUACAUGUGUGUUGGGGCAGGGAUGUCCAUAGUCGCUCUGAUUUCGUUUCCGGGAGAGAUGGGACAACUUUAUUUGAUAUUUAUUUAAGGGGCUGCUUGAUGGCUACACUUGCCAAUGUGUAUUGUUAUAAUAAUAAUAAUAAUAAUAACAACAAUAACAACAACAACAAUAAUUUAUUAUUUAUAUCCCGCCCCAGCCACUCUGGGCGGCUUCCAACAAAACACUAAAAUACAAUAACCUAUUAAACAUUAAAAGCUUCCCUAAACAGGGCUGCCUUUCUUCUAAAAGUCAGAUAGUUGUUUAUUUCCUUGACAUCUGGUGGGAGGGCACCACCACCGAGAAGGCCCUCUGCCUGGUUCCCUGUAACCUCACAUCUCAUAGGGAGGGAACCGCGAGAAGACCCUCGGGAGAUGGACCCAGGUGUCCGGGCUGGACGAUGGGGGUGGAGACGCUCCUUCAGGUAUACUGGGCCGUUUAGGGCUUCAAAGGUCAGCACCAACACUUUGAAUUGUUCUCGGAAACAUCCUGGGAACCAAUGUAGGUCUUUCAGGACCAGUGUUAUAUGGUCUUGGAGGCCACUCCCAGUCCCCAGUCUGGUUGCUGCAUUCUGGAUUAGUUACAGUUUCCGGGUCACCUUCAAAGGUAGCCCCACGGAGAGCGCAUGGCAGUAGUCCAAGCGGGAGUCUGCGGGUUUGGAGGGUCUCAUCCUGCGCACCAAAUGGAGCUGCCCUGGACACAGAACUGACCUGCACCUCCAUGGACAGCUGUGAGUCCAGAAUGACCCCCAGGCUGCGCACCUGGUCCUUCUGGGGCACAGUUGCCCCAUUCAGGACCAGGGAGUCCUCCACACCAGCCCGCCUCCUGUCCCCCCAAAACAGUACUUCUGUCUCGUCAGGAUUCAACCUUAAUCUGUUAGCCACCAUCCAUUGUUGAGUUUCCUGUGCAAAAGAAAGGAGGAGAAGGUCUGAUGGAAAGGGGCAGGCUUUAUUUUUGACGGCGGGGAAGGCCAGGCAGAGCUAAGGAGACCCUUUUGAUUUGCAUCCAAAGGCGAAAAUUCUCAACCCAUACUUUCCCCAAGCAAUGUGCGCAGCAGAUCGCAGCUGUGUCCUGUGAAAUUUUCAGUGCUCCAAAUUUUGCAAUUUGGAGACGCGGGUGGCGCUGUAGGUGAAACCACAGAGCCUAGGGCUUGCCAAUCAGAAGGUCAGCGGUUUGAAUCCUGCGACGGGGUGAGCUCCUGUUGCUCGGUCCCUGCUCCUGCCAACCUAGCAGUUUGAAAGCAUGUCAAAGUGCAAGUAGAUAAAUAGGUACCACUCCGGCGGGAAGGUAAACGGCGUUUCUGUGCGCUGCUCCGGUUCGCCAGAAGCAGCUUAGUCCUGCUGGCCACAUGACCCGGAAACUGUACGCCGGCUCCCUUGGCCAAUAAAGUGAGAUGAGUGCCGCAACCCCAGAGUCGGCCACAACUGGACCUAAUGGUCAGGGGUCCCUUUACCUUUACCUAAAUUUUGUAAUGCGUUUUUCCUUCUGGACGAGUAGUGCGGGGAAAGAAACAGAAAACGAGUAAAACUAGGCUAAACCGUGCAUUAAAAUGCAUGGUUGUUGAAAAGAAGGCGCAAGGAUUGUAUUGUAUUGUAUUGUGGGGAGCUGUUUUGCAGAAACCUGUAUAUUAGGCAAAACUGGAUCCUAAAACGGGUGUGUUAGAAUAAAGUCACACUGAACCGCUGGUGAAUUUUCACAAGGCCCUUUAAAAGAAAAAAUUGCAAACUGACGGAGAAAUGAAGACCGGAUACCUGAGAAACUGUGGUCGAAUUUACACAGCGAUGUUGCUUCAAACCGUCAUGGCCUUCCCCCAAAGAAUUCUGGGAACUGUAGUUUGAGACGGCCAGUUGUUUGGUGACUCCCUUCGUCCCCUCCCAGAACUACAGUUCCCAGAGUUCUCUGCUGCGAAGAAUAAUGACUGUUGAAACACUCUGGGAAUUGUAGCUCAGGGAUGGGAAUAAAAGGCAAACGCUUUAAGCAAAUGCUUAAAAAACUACAGCUCCCAGAAUCCCUUAAGGCAGGGGUGUAUUAUGAUUUUACCCCAAAGCUGUUGAGCUUUUCUUAGGAUUUGACCCCAGAAAAUAAACUGCAAUUUGGCUCCCAAAACGGACUUUGUACAUGCCUGCCUUAAGGGAAGAAGCCGUGGUGUUUUGGAGUGGCGUCCCCGUGCUAUAACGUGGCCUGGGAGGCGUGCAAAUUGCAGUUCUGGCCGCCCCUAGUGGGGAAGAGGCGCUCCAUGGCGAAAUCCAGCAACAGAGCGUGAUUCGAAUCCAGAACCUUCCCUUCUCUUGUGCACAAUGAGGCGGAACUAAAUGGGCUUCGCUUGCCCAUUGUCCACGGGGCUCUGAAUGGCUGAAAAUGAGGCCGGAUUCUCCAGCCAGCCCCUCUGCCUCUCCCUCUCUCUGAUGCCGGCCCUGUUCGAAACAUUCCCUUCACAGCUGAGAUAGUUGCUGAACAAGCAGGUUUCUCUAAGCAAGGUCAGCUCGGGUUAUGCUGAGUCUGUAGCUGCUUUUCCCAGUCUUCCGAACUGCCGCCCAGCCACGACUCCCCUCUGCAAUGCAAAGCAGCCCUCCCUCUCCGUUUCGUUUCGCACCCGGGUCCCAAACGGUCCUUCCUUCCGCCGCGAGGGUCUGAGAGCUGCGUCCUGUUUGGUCCUCCUAGCAGCCCUGUGGGGUAGACCAGGCAGAGAGGAAACCAUAGACGCCGGAGGCAUUUGAAACGCAACCCUGGUCGCCACUGCUAAGGAAUUGGCCCCAAUACAGUGGUCCCUCGGUUCUCAAACUUAAUCCGUUCCGGAAGUCCCGUUCCAAAACCAAAGCGUUCCAAAACCAAGGCGCGCUUUCCCAUGAAAAGGAAUGCAAGACGGAUCAAUCCAUUCCAGACUUUUAAAAACAGCAAUUUAACAUGAAUUUGACUAUCUAACGAGACCGUUGAUCCAUAAAACGAAAGCAAUAAACGAUGUACCGCAAUCGCACAAUCAAUCCAUCCAUCAGUAGCUGGACUGGGUUCCACGCAGUUGCAAAAACAAAAUGGAAAGAGCCGCAAAAACGCAAAAUAAAUCGUAAAAACAGACCGGCCUCGGCGUGACACUCAAAUUGGAAGUGUGGCACUCAAAACGGAGCACGUUCGGCUUCCAAAAAAAGUUUGCAAACCGGAACACUUCCUUCCGGGUUUGCAGUGUUUGGGUUCCACGUCGUUUGAGUACCAAGAUGUUUGGAAACCAAGGCCUUGCAAAAUACUUUGCAAAAGAAAAGCCUUGCGCUUCAAUAAUGGGUUUCUGAAAAUCCAAGAUGGAAAAACCAAAGGAAAUCCUGUGUAACAAGGUGUUUGGGUUAGCAGGAUGGCUACAGACUCCCUAGGGGAGUGGCUACAGACUCAGGGGUGUGGCUACUGACUCCUCAUGGGCGUGGCUACAGACUCAUGGGCGUGGCUACUGACUCCUCAGGGGCGUGGCUACAGUCUCAGGGGCGUGGCUAUACUUCUCAGGGGAGUGGCUACAGACUCCUCAUGGGCGUGGCUACAGACUCAUGGGCGUGGCUACAGACUCCCUAGGGGAGUGGCUACAGACUCCUCAUGGGCGUGGCUACAGACUCCCCAGGGGAGUGGCUACAGACUCAUGGGCGUGGCUACAGACUCCCCAGGGGAGUGGCUACAGAUAUAGGGGCAUGGCUACAGUCUCAUGGGCGUGGCUACAGACUCCUCAGGGGCGUGGCUACAGACUCAGGGGCGUGGCUACUGACUCCUCAGGGGCGUGGCUACAGUCUCAGGGGAGUGGCUACAGACUCAGGGGCGUGGCUACUGACUCCUCAGGGGCGUGGCUAUACUUCUCAGGGGAGUGGCUACAGACUCAUGGGCGUGGCUAUAGACUCCCCAGGGGAGUGGCUACAGAUAUAGGGGCGUGGCUACAGUCUCAUGGGCGUGGCUACAGACUCCCCAGGGGCGUGGCUACAGACUCCCCUUGAGGGUAUGUAGCUAUGGACCCUCCAUGGCUACUGACUGCUCUUGGGGUGCAAGUGCGAUUCCUGGUGGGGACGGUCACAACCACCCUAACAUCUAUCGGGUCCACGGCCGGAAGCCCCCUUGCCACCCAAAUCCCUGAUUCCGUGGCGUCUCCAUUUGCUCCCCUUCCCAAACUGGCGGUUCGCUUUCCAGCAAGAGAAAGGGGAGACGAGAGAUUGCAGGCGGCCUUCGAAUUAGGAGGACGGCGGCGGAGAGAGAUGCUUCGCCCGGGGAAAAUGGAGGCCAUGAAUAUUUGAUGGAAGAGGCUGUUUGGAGGAGGGGAAGGCGGAAAAGGAGCUGGAUUUCCCCCCCUUUAAUUAUUAUUUCCAGGCAGGCCUGCUGGAGGCAUUUUAAUGGCGUUGAUUCUUUCCCACCACACCGGGCGUAUUUAUGAAUGAAAGCCGCUGUUUCUGCUGCAGCCGAGGGCUGACAUCAUUGCUUCUGCCUCUGUUUCCCCCCACCACCCAAAAAAACUCCACCACCAGCCGCAGAGGGCAAUUCCUCCAGGUCUGAGCCUGCGGGGCUUACUCGGGAGUAAGCCGGGGACCUACCCUUGAGUAAGCACGCUUAUAGGGUUGGGUGAUGUUAAUUCUCCGUUGCAAGAUCACAUCAGGAUGAUUUCUUUGGUGGGGAAAUCACUAGCCUGAAGUCAUAACCACGUUGAAGGAAAGGAAGAGAAGUGCCUAGCCUCUGCGGGGAUAUUUUCCUUACCCUUUGGCUCCCUGCAGCAAGCCGCAACGCUGGGAAUCUCAGAAUCACAUCAGAGCAAAGAAGGUCCAUCGAUUCUGGCUCGAGGUGGGCGAUGCCUGGGGAAUUAAAAAAAGGCACACAGCCUACAUCCUUGCAGAGCCUACAUUUUGAGGAGUUUAAAAGUUCCUCCAGCUGGUCCAAUAUCUAUCUGUGGCAGAGCAAGGCAGGCAUAGUGGCCUGGGAGACAGGGAUAAAGGUAAAGGGACCCCUGACCAUUAGGUCCAGUCGCGGAUGACUCUGGGGUUGCGGCGCUCAUCUCGCUUUAUUGGCCGAGGGAGCCGGCGUACAGCUUCCGGGUCAUGUGGCCAGCAUGACUAAGCCACUUCUGGCGAACCAGAGCAGCACACAGAAACGCCAUUUACCUUCCCGCCAGAGCGGCACCUAUUUAUCUACUUGUGCUGUUGUGCUUUCGAACUGCUAGGUCGGCAGGAGCAGGGACCGAGCAACGGGAGCUCACCUCAUCAUUGCGGGGAAUCGAACCGCCGACCUUCUGAUCGGCAAGCCCUAGGCUCUGUGGUUUAACCCACAGCGCCACCCGCAUCCCUCAGGGAGACAGGGAUAGGUGGAGCUGAAUACAGUGGUACCUUGGUUCUCAAACACCUUGGUACUCAGACAACUUAGAACCCAAAUACUGCAAACCGGAAGGAAGCGCUCCGGUUUGUGAACUUUUUUCAGAAGCUGAACGUGCUCCGUUUCGAGUGCCACGCUUCCGAUUUUAGUGUCACGCUGAGGUCUGUCUGUUUUUUUGCUAUUUAUUUUGCGUUUUUGUUUUUGCGGCUCUUUUUGCUUCGUUUUUGUGACUGUGUGGAACGGAUUGAUUGAUUGUGUGACUGCAGUACAUUGUUUAUCGCUUUCAUUUUAUGGAUCGGUGGGCUCGUUGGUAAAAAUCCAUGUUCAAUUGCUGUUUCGGGAGUUGUUUUUAAAAGUCUGGAACGGAUUAAUCCGUUUUGCUUUGCUUUCUAUGGGAAAGCGCGCCUUGGUUUUGGAACGCUCUGGUUUUGGAACGGACUUUCCGGAACGGAUUACGUUUGAGAACCAAGGGACCAUUGCAGAUCCCUCUAUGCAGAGGGUCUGGGCAAACAAGAACAACUAACGUGAAGGAGGUCUGCAGAUUUGGGAGAGGAAAUUUUUUAGGUGCUUACCCUGGUGGUCUCAGGCCAAGGAAAUUAUGGAGCAAUCCAACAAUGACCACAUUGCAAAAUUUAGAGAACGGCGGAAUUUCAAACUAGGGAUGGGUUUCCGUUCUCACCUCUCCCCCCCUGCCCCGAACCAUUAGAUCGGGUUCCCUUUAAAUGUGGACUGGAUCCAGAUUGUGCCCCACAGCCCUAACUGGGGGGGGGGGGAAUUUCAGGAGACUGGAGAAGGGGGGGGGCAAUGUUUUCAGGGAAGAAACGUUGGAGGGGAUGGAAAAGUCAGAUAGUUGUUUAUUUCCUAGACAUCUGAAGGGAGGGUGCCACCACCGAGAAGGCCCUCUGCCUGGUUCCCUGUAACCUCGCUUCUCGCAGGGAGGGAACCGCCAGAAGGCCCUCGGGAGAGGGACCCCAGUGUCCGGGGUGGAGAUGCUCCUUCAGGUCUACUGGGCCAUUUAAGGCUUUCAAGGUCAGCUGGACCUCAGUAUCUGACUUCUAGAAGACAUCUGAAGGCAGCCCUGUUUAGGGAAGCUUUUAAAUGUUUGAUGUUUUAUCGUGUUUUUAAUAUUCUGUUGGGAACCACCCAGAGUGGCUGGGGAAACCCAGCCAGAUGGGCGGGGUAUAAAUAAGAAAUUAUUAUGACUAUGAUCCUUUAUUCGGCUCUGUGCAAAACUCGCACCCAGGACUUCUCUUCUGAGAAUAAACUGGUUUAUUGGGCAAAAUGGGACCAGCUCCCCUUAGCGUAAGGCUUGUGCCAGAUGAUCUGUUGUGCAAGAGCGAGGGGGCAGAGGGGGGCGUCGUUUUAAAAACACGUCGUUUGGCGAUGAUAUAAUGAGAAACUGGCCGGGGCAGGCCGGCAAACAAACAUUAUUGUUCCGCGUUAGGGGUGUGGAGAGAGACAAAAGGUCGCUAGACCUUUCCCUACGAUCCUGGAAUAAAAAGGAAAAACGCCCCACAUCAGCAAGUAGGGGGAAAAUAUUUUGCUCGUCAGCUGAGUGGAAUUGUCUGAGAGAGAGAGAGAGAGAUCAACAAAGAUCAGGACAUCACAUUUGCAUUUUUUUUACAAAGCUCCGAGCCCCACGAGGUUGUGGAGUGGUGACAAUUUUGUAAGCAGAAUACAGACCCUAAAAGGGUCCCUGUUUUCCAGGGAAAGUCCCAGACUCACAGAAGUUGUCCCAGAAUAUCCUGCUUUUCCUUAGGAUGUCCCUCUUUUCACUGGAGAAAUGUUGGAGGGGAUGGAAUAGGACGUCCCUAUUUUCAGGGGGAAAACAUUGGAGGGGAUGGAAUAGGAUGUCCCUAUUUUCAGGGGAGAAAUGUUGGAGGGGAUGGAAGAGGACGUCCCUAUUUUCAGGGGAGAAACGUUGGAGGGGAUGGAAUAGGACGUCCCUAUUUUCAAGGGAGAAACGUUGGAGGGGAUGGAAUAGGACGUCCCUAUUUUCAGGUAGAAACGUUGGAGGGGAUGGAAUAGGACGUCCCUAUUUUCAGGGGAGAACCGUUGGAGGGGAUGGAAUAGGACGUCCCUAUUUUCAGGGGAGAAACGUUGGAGGGGAUGGAAUAGGACGUCCCUAUUUUCACGGGAGAAACGUUGGAGGGGAUGGAAUAGGACGUCCCUAUUUUCAGGGGAGAAACGUGGGAGGGGAUGGAAUAGGACGUCCCUCUUUUCAGGGGAGAAACGCUGGAAGGAAUGGAAGGCCCUCUGCCUGGUUCCCUGUAACCUCGCUUCCCGCAGGGAGGCAACCGCCAGAAGACCCUUGAGAGAUGGACCCCGGUGUCCAGGCUGGACGAUGGGGGUGGAGACAGGGAUAAUGACUGGCCAAAGUAGCGGAUGAAUGUUGGGUCCCCUAUAGACCCCUUUGGUCCAGCGUUCUCCCCAACUGCCCUGUGUCCUGAGUUCAAGUCUCCCAGCCCUUUCCCAGAUGCAUUUAGAAACCAGCUGCCUCCUCGCCUCCUCUCUUGAGCGUUUCGUCUGUUUUAUCUCUGGCUGGGAAGCAAAUCACACCAGGCUUGAGACGUGCGUACGAAAACACACACACACACACAAGCAAAACACUUAUCCUGUUAGUCACACUUGGCACCUCCAGCCCUUGUUCCUGCAUGAGCGACGCAGAACAAAAUUGCCAAUGGUUUCUCUUUUUUUAAAACAACAACAACAACCACACACACACCAAGCCAGCCUUUCUCCAUCAAAGUUUCCCUUUCCCCCCCACGCCCGGGGAAAUAUAUAUAUAUAUAUCUGCAAUUGUUUUUCUGCUGAACCUUGGCUGGGUGAGAUCAUAGGGCGGGUUGUGGCUGUAAAGAUUAGGCUCCUCUGGAAAUCAUCACCCGGGGAGAUCCACAUCUCUGCUCUCUUUCGCAGCAGGUGGUUCGCCACCCCCCACCCCAAAUAAAAGCUGGAGGGGUAGAUAAAUCUUGGGUUCAAGGCUCUGCACAGAUGGAGGGAGAGAAGGGUUUUUUUGUUUGGGGCAGAGCUCAGCGCAUGGCAAACAAGCAGGUGGAAAACGAGACGGAAUAGAGGAUUUCCGGAAGAUAUCCGGCGCUGGGGGGGUUCUGGGGCAGGUGGGACAAUGGUCACCCCCCGUCCAGCCGCAAAGGGAAGGGCACUUUUGCCCCCGGGGCAGGGAGAGCUGGGCAAGUGAGAUAUUUGUACCCAGGGGGUGAUGGAGGAGACCUUUGUUCCCGGAGAGAAAUGGGGAAGAGAGCCGUUUGUACCGGGGAGAGAUGGGCGAGAACUUUAAUAAUAAUAAUAAUAAUAAUAAUUAUUAUUAUUAUUAUUAUUAUUAUUAUUUAUACCCCGCCCAUCUGGCUGAGUUUCCCCAGCCACUCUGGGCAGCUCCCAAUCAAGUGUUAAAAACAGUACAGCGUUAAAUAUUAAAAACUUCCCUGAACAGGGCUGCCUUCAGAUGUCUUUUGAAGACAGCAUAGCUGCUUCUUUCCUUCACAUCUGAAGGGAGGGCAUUCCUCAGGGAGGGCACCACCACCGAGAAGGCCCUCUGCCUGGUUCCCUGUAGCCUCACUUCUCGCAGGGAGGGAACCGCCAGAAGGCCCUUGGAGAUGGACCCCAGUGUCCGGGCAGAACAAUGGGGGUGGAGACGCUCCUUCAGGAAUACUGGGCCGUUUAGGGCUUUCAAGGUCAGCACCAACACUUUGGCUUGUGCUCGGAAACCUACUGGGAGCCAGUGCAGGUCUUUCAAGACCAGUGUUAUGUGGUCUCCACUCCCAGUCCCCAGUCUAGCUGCCGCAUUCUGGAUUAAUUGCAGUUUCCGGGUCACCUUUUAGAAGACAUUUCAAGGCAGCCCUGUUUAGGGAAGCUUUUAAUGUUUAAUAGACUAUUGUAUUUUAAUAUUCUGUUGGAAGCUGCCCAGAGUGGCUGGGGAAAAAUUAUUAUUAUUGUUGUUGUUGUUGUUGUUAUUUGCGCAACGGGAGAAAGGGGCAACAGAGUCCUUUGUCUCUCUGGGGAUAGACAGCGCUACCUUGGUAUGCUACAUGUGUGGGGUGUCAUCGUGGUGGGGAGUCCUGGGCUGUGUUGCGGACAAGGCUUUGGGGACUGAAUUUGCCCUUACAAGUGGUCUUAACCCUGACCAUUAGGUCCAGUGGUGGCCGACUCUGGGGUUGCGGCGCUCAUCUCGCUUUACUGGCCGAGGGAGCCGGCGUACAGCUUCCAGGUCAUGUGGCCAGCAGGACUAAGCCGCUUCCGACGAACCAGAGCAGCGCACGGAAACGCCGUUGACCUUCCCGCCGGAGUGGUACCUAUUUAUCUACUUGCACUUUGAUGUGCUUUCGAACUGCUAGGUGGGCAGGAGCAGGGACUGAGCAAUGGGAGCUCACCCCGUCACGGGGAUUCGAACCGCCGACCUUCUGAUUGGCAAGUCCUAGGCUCUGUGGUUUAACCCACAGCGCCACCCGCAAGUGGUUUUAAUUAUAAUUUAUUCCUCACCUUGAGAGGCAGUGCGGUAUAGUGGUUGGAGCACCCUGCCAGGACCCAUGGGCAGCAAAGAGAGCUGCCAGGAAGUGUGUGCAAGAGACGCCACUUGUUCCAGACGCCGCUCCCUCCUCUGGGUAUAUUUAUUUGUGAGAUAAGUCUCAUCUGAAGGCCGCCUCCUUCGCUCCCCCAGAGCAUCUUCCGUUGCCGGGCUAAUCUCUGUUGCCACGGCAACGACAUCCUCAGCACCCUCCUCCCCGCUCCCUGAGCAUUAUAAAUUACGGCUAAGUGGCUUCCUUGGCGGAGAGGGAGAAGGGGCUGGAUGGCUGGUGGGGGUGGGAAGAUGAGAGAGAGAGAGAGAGAGAGAGCGCAUUUUGACAUGCCCAAAUCCCGGCCCUGUCAGGAGUCUUCCAUUCCCUCUGGAAAUCAACCGCGGGAAGAUGAUCUGAAAGGGAUGGGUGUGUUUUUGUCUCAGCAGCGGCGUCUGGUGGCCAUGUGGCCCACAUCACUCGGCACGUCAGAAUUUGAACCCAGGACCAAAGUGUACUGGAAGAAGCAAGGAUCGCCAGUGUUGAAGCGACAUCAACUUCAUCGGACCGGUCAUGUUGUGCGGAUACCUGCUGAAGCAACUCCUCUAUUCCGAACUUAAAAACAGAAAGCGUAAUGCUGGCGGUCCAGAAAAGAGGUUCAAAGACCGUCUCAAGGCAAAUCUUAAAAGAUGUAGUAUAAACACCGACAACUGGGAGACACUGGCCUGCGAGCGCUCCAGUUGGAGAACAGUCUUGACCAAAGGUGUCGUGGGCUUUGAAGGCACUCGAACUCAGGACAAGAGGGAGAAACGUGUCAAGAGGAAGGCGCGCUUGGCAAACCCACACCGGGAUCAACUCCUGCCUGGAAACCGAUGUCCCCACUGUGGAAGGACGUGGGGAUCCAGAAUUGGCCUCCACAGUCACUUACGGACUCAUUGUUAAGACCGUGUUUAUGGAAGACAAUCUUACAUGUUUGAUGCAUUACGGUAUUUUAAUAGUUUGUUGGAAGCUGCCCAGAGUGGCCGGGGAAGCCCAGCCAGAUGGGCGGGGUAUAAAUAAUAAAUUAUUAUUAUUAUUAUUACUCGGCUACAAGGGAUCGCCCAAGAUAGCAGGCAAGAAUUCGGUCCGCACAACGCAGCUGGCUAAAGGAGGGAACUACACAAUUUGACCAAACAAAUUUCCAUAGGGACAAAGGCCAGCUUCUGCACUUAGGCAGGAAGAACCAGAUGCACAAAUAUAGGAUGCGGGACACCGGGCUUAUUAGCAGGACAUGGGAUAAAGGAUCUGGGGGUCUUGGUGGACCGCAAGCUGAACGUGAGUCAAUUCUGUGAUGCAGCAGCAAAAAAAGCGAAUGCUAUUCUAGGCUGCAUCCACAGAAGUCUAGUGUCCAGAUCAAGGGAAGUCAUGUUGUUGUUGUUGAGUCGUUUAGUCGUGUCCGCCUCUUUGUGACCCCCUGGACCAGAGCACGCCAGGCCCUCCUGUCUUCCACUGCCUCCCGCAGUUUGGUCAAACUUGGUAGCUUCGAGAACACUGUCCCACCAUCUCGUCCUCCAUCGUCCCCUUCUCCUUGUGCCCUCCAUCUUCCCCAACAUCAGGGUCUUUUCCAGGGAGUCUUCUCUUCUCAUGAGGUGGCCAAAGUCUUGGAGCCUCAGCUUCAGGAUCUGUCCUUCCAGUGAGCACUCAGGGCUGAUUUCCUUCCGAAUGGAGAGGUUGGAUCUUCUUGCAGUCCAUGGGACUCUCAAGAGUCUCCUCCAGCACCAGAAUUCAAAAGCAUCCAUUCUUCGGCGAUCAGCCUUCUUGAUGGUCCAGCUCUCACUUCCAUACAUCACUACUGGGAAAACCAGAGCUUUAACUAUACGGACCUUUGUUGGCAAGGUGAUGUCUCUGCUUUUUAAGAUGCUGUCUAUUCUGCCUUGGUCAGGCCACACCUGGAAUACUGUGUCCAGUUCUGGGCAGCACAAUUUUAGAUGGAUUGGACAAGCUGGAAGGUGGGCAGAGGAGGGAGACUGAGAUGAUCAAGAGCAGGGCUCAGCAAACUUUUUCUAUCUGGUGUGUGUGUGCAAAAAUAUAAUCCCCUUUUGUCUCUAGCAAUCUCCCUACCCGGUUAAUUAACAUCUUACUAAUGAUGUAAGAGGCUGCCUCCCAGGGGUGUGUGUGUGUGUGCUUUUUCGGCUAAAAAGACUGCGUCUCUUGAACUGGGAAAAGUUUUUCCCGCCUUCAUUUUAAGGGCACAGGAGGAGGUUAUUUUCUGACCGGUUGGCGCAGAAGGCUUUCGCCGCCACUCGCACGCAGGACAACGUAGGAAGCGGCGAACAACAGACGGAGGAGGAAGUAUCUGCUUUUAGCUACAAAAAUGUGGAGAAUAGGGACGAGGGAGGGAACGGGGAGUCAGAUGCGGGAAGGAAGAGGUUGUUUGAUGUCCGCCUGCUGUGUCUGGUUCAUUGUAUCUGAGCCCCCACAACAGAAAUAAAACCCCUCCCCGAGUCUUCCUUGCCCCCCCCCCCAGGAUGGUGGGGCUUUGUGUGGUGGAGAAAAGAAAAAAUCUUCAUUUCAGUAAUAGAAACAUGAGAGUCUGCUAGAUUGGGGCAACAGCCAGUGCCAGAUUUACGUAUAAGCUAAAGAAGCUAUAGCUUAGGGCCACACUCUCUUGGGGGCCCCCAAAAAAUUUAAAGGGGGGGAACUGGAUAUACAUUUCCAAAAUAUAAUCUAUCUAUCUAUCUAUCAUCUAUCUUUCUAUCUUUCUAUCUUUCUAUCUAUCUAUCAUCUAUCUAUCUCUAUCAUCUAUCUAUCAUCUAUCUAUCUCUAUCUAUCAUCUAUCUAUCUAUCUAUCUAUCUAUCUAUGCCAGUGUCGGAUUUACGUAUAAGCUAAACAAGCUCUAGCUUAGGGCCCCACUCUCUUGGGGGCCCCCAACAAAUUUAAAGGGGGGGGAAACUGGAUGUACAUUUCCAAAAUAUAAGAUAAAAAACAAAUAAAAUAAGACCUACAUACAGCAAGAGUGUUUUGUGUUGUGUUGGCACCUAUGGUGUAAGUCAUGGGCCCUGCCUGCUCCCUAAAAUAUCCCUGGUUUGCUCCUUCCUAUAUAUAGGGUGCCUACAUUUUGCUCUUUAUAAUUAUUAGUAGUUUGCACCAUAUAUUUACACCUCUUGUUGAUAAAACCCAUAUUAUUUGAUAAACCCCGUAUUUUGUGAUGUGCAAAUGGCUUGAGAUACCUAUGAGGUCCGUAAAUGACCAUAUAGCAUAUAUUCAACACACAAAAAAGCGGCAAUUUGAUGUUGACAAAGGACAGCUGGACAUAUAAAGGGCCCCGUUACCUUCAGGAGCUGAGGGCCGCAUCAAACAUAAAUCCGGUCCUGCCCUGGAAAACAGGGGCACUUGGAGGGUCUGUCUACUGCGUGUAGGAGGAAUAAUGCAGAGAAAUGGGUCACCAUAGCAAGUACCGUAUUUUUUGCUCUAUAAGACUCACUUUUUCCCUCCUAAAAAGUAAGGGGAAAUGUGUGUGCGUCUUAUGGGGCGAAUGCAGGCUGCGCAGCUAUCCCAGAAGCCAGAACAGCAAGAGGGAUUGCUGCUUUCACUGCGCAGCGAUCCCUCUUGCUGUUCUGGCUUCUGGGAUUCAGAAUAUUUUUGUUCUUGUUUUCCUCCUCCAAAAACUAGGUGCGUCUCGUGGUCUGGUGCGUCUUAUAGAGUGAAAAAUACGGUAGAUUUGGGCUUGCCGGUUGCCCCGUGAAACAACACGUCGGAAACCGCAACCUUGCGUCAAAGCGGUUCCAGCUUCCUUUCCCUGCAAACUGAGAGUUUGGCGUUCCAUAAAAGCGUCGACACUCUCUAACCAGGAAUCUUUGCAGGUGUCAAAAAAAGGCGUUUUAAAGGAUUCUUGGGUUUAUAUGGCAAGGUGCUGCAAUGAUUGUCGGGUGUGUGCAUGCGUUUGUGUGCUGACCAGCUCGAAAUCGAAAGCCACUUCCGGUCAGUUGCUAUUUUGGGAUGGGAUUUAGUCACAAAUUGGCAUAUUCCGGUUUCCAGCUAGAAGCAGGUGUUUUUGCAGGAAGGAAAGUGACGGGGAGGGCGGGGCGAAGGACCGAGAGCUGCGGCGCGGCAAAACCUUCGUGCAAACCCAUCGGAAUGGAAGCGCGAGAAAGAGGCGACGUUGGUUGAUCUUCCUGCAAACUUCACAGGGCGAAUCCUCGAUAAACGUGCUGCUAAACCAGUAUUUUAAAAAGUGAAAAUCCGGGUGUGAGAUCGAAAUUAUUCCGCCCUCCCCGUUGCAAAUCAGGUUUAUUGUUAAAAUGUACAGACUUUCAGCCGUUUGCAAGAAGCGAAUCGAACAUUCGGUUCCCCCAGAUUCGGCUAAAAACGCAGCUUUGAAAACAGCUGGGUUUUACUUCGUUCCCUUUGUCUGUGUUGGACACGAUCCCUUCUCUUGCUCGUUUUCUCUCUCUACAACAACCCAGCGAGGCGGAGAGGCGGGCGUUGGUUCACGGUGGCUGAUUUCGAUGUUUAUAGGGCAUCUAUGUGUCCCUUGUGGCGCUGUGGGUUAAACCACAGAGCCUUGGACUUGCCGAUCAGAAGGUUGGUGGUUUGAAUCCCUGCAACGACAGGGUGAGCUCCCGUUGCUCGGUCCCUGCUCCUGCCAACCUAGCAGUUCGAAAGCAUGUCAAAGUGCAAGUAGAUAAAUAGGUACCGCUCCAGCGGGAAGGUAAACGGCGUUUCCGUGCACUGCUCUGGUUCGCCAGAAGCGGCUUAGUCCUGCUGGCCACAUGACCCAGAAGCUCGGCCAGUAAAGCAAGAUGAGUGCCACAACCCCAGAGUCAGCCACGACUGGACCUAAUGGUCAGGGGUCCCUUUACCCUUCACCUUUAUGUGUCCCUUGAAGUCUGAGUUCCUGCGUCUUCUUAAGUCUUCCUCUUGUCUUUCUCUCCAGGAUCAUCGACACAAGUACAAUUCAGCAGGAAAGACUCCAAGCCAUAGCGGUAAGUCCUUGAUUUUGCAUCCUAAUAAAGGAUCAACGUCAUCAUAAUUUCUUAUUUAUACUCCCCCCCAAUCUGGGUGGGUUUCCCCAGCCACUCUGGGCGGCUCCCAACAGAAUAUAAAAAACACAAUAAAAUAUCAAACAUUAAAAAGCUUCCCUAAACAGGGCUGCCUUCAGAUGUCUUCUAAAAGUCAGAUACUGAGGUCCAGCUGACCUUGAAAGCCCUAAAUGGCCCAGUAGACCUGAAGGAGUGUCUCCACCCUGGACACCUGGGUCCAUCUCCCGAGGGCCUUCUAGCAGUUCCCUCCCUGCGAGAAGCGAGGUUACAGGGAACCAGGCAGAGGGCCUUCUCGGUGGUGGCGCCCUCCCGUCAGAUGUCAAGGAAAUAAACAACUAUCUGACUUUUAGAAGACAGCCCUGUAUAGGGAAGCUUUUAAUAUUGCACAGACUAUUAUAUUUUAAUAUGUUGUUGGAAGCCGCCCAGAGUGGCUGGGGAAACCCAGGCAAAUGGGCGGAGUAUAAAUAAUAAAUUAUUACUAUUAAAUUAUUAUAGUUGUUUAUUUCCUUGACAUCUGAUGGGAGGGCGCAACCACCAAGAAGGCCCUCUGCCUGAUUCCCUGUAACCUCGCUUCUCGCAGGGAGGGAACUACCAGAAGGCUCCAACCGUCUUGCCGUCCGGUGAGCAACCUGGCGCCAAAUUCUGCACCGGCUGAAGUUUCCGAACCAUCUUCAGAGUCAGCCCUACAUAGAAAGCAUUGCAUUAAUUUAACCUGGAGGUUACCAGAGCAUAGAUGACAGGAGUUAGGCUAUCCCUGUCCAGAUAGGGAAAUUUGCACAAAACUGCUGCUGGCAAAUUUUUGUAAGGACUUUUAAUUUUUUUAAAAAUUGCAAAUUGAUGUGGAAACUCCAUUUAAUACUGGUGGCGGGGGAGAGAAUGAGAAACUUAAAUCGGCCAUUUCCUAGUUCCUGGUUAGUCAGAAUGCAAGGAUGCUGAACUGUGCAUUGAUGUUGUUGUUUAGUCGUUUAGUUGUGUCCGACUCUUCGUGACCAGAGCACGCCAGGCCCUCCUGUCUUCCACUGCCUCCCGCAGUUUGGUCCAACUCAUGCUGGUAGCUUCGAGAACACUGUCCCGCCAUCUCGUCCUCUGUCGUCCCCUUCUCCUUCUGCCCUCCAUCUUUCCCAACAUCACCUUUUCCAGGGAGUCUUCUCUUCUCAUGAGGUGGCCAAAGUCUUGGAGCCUCAGCUUCAGGAUCUGUCCUUCCAGUGAGCACUCAGGGCUGAUUUCCUUCCGAAUGGAGAGGUUGGAUCUUCUUGCAGUCCAUGGGACUCUCCAGAGUCUCCUCCAGCACCAGAAUUCAAAAGCAUCCAUUCUUCAGCCAUCAGCCUUCUUUAUGGUCCAGCUCUCACUUCCAUACAUCACUACUGGGAAAACCAGAGCUUUUACUAUACGGACGUGUGCAUUGAUAGGACAUGCCAAAACAGAGGUCUCAGGCUUGUGUCGAGAUUUAUUUGGUUCUAUUGUCCCCAUCCCUAUUAUUAUUCUUUUAAAUUAUUACCUGCGCUGCACCCGGAUUUCCCCAGGCAGGUUGCGGCCAUUGAAAAGACAUUCAGAACUGUUUGGAAACUUGCAGGAUGAAACGCAAUUGCUAAAUAUAACCCGGGUCUGUGUUAAAGUGGUGUGUCUUCGCCAUUCACCCAAAACUGCACCCCCCCCCCUCUGUGGGGAGUUUGCAGGUUAGGGCCUGUGACCGGGAACACCCUCUCCUGGUCUGCUGCCAUCCGGAAGGGCGAGUCGACUCCUUUUCACAUUCAUUUUGGCACAUAGGUGAAGAACCAGACUCUGAGAACUGCCAGGCAGUCACUUCAAGGCUGCAGACCCACCAACAGCCCCUAUUUUCCAGUCUCAGGUUUACAGAAGACGUCCCAGUUUCUGAUUUGAUCCCAGAAUGUCCCGCUAUUCCUUAGGGAGCCCCUAUUUUCAGGGGAGAAACGUUGGAGGGGAUGCUAAAGGUCGGGGGGAGAGAGAAAUGGACAGGGGACCUGGUAUUGUCCAGUGCCCCCGUUUCUCGGAUUUGUCCCUGGGGCGAAAAUGCCAUUUAUCUGACCGGUGAGCUCAGUUCCUUCCUGGGGAGGGAGGAGGGUGAAAGCAAGAAAGCUCGCUAUCUCCCGGCCUGUUCUGCAUCUUCCCAAACCCGGGUUGUAACCUUGAGAGAGAGCUACAAAUGUGGAGCUCUCCCCUCAGCUCAAACGCUCCUCUCGCUGAGACAAUGGCAUCCUUUUUCUGCUCCCUGACAUAAGCCCUUUUCUUCUCUGCCUUUAGAAGCCGGCGAAGCUACAACAUCAGCCGGAUGCCAGCGCUGCGCGGCAGGGGUCCCCCGGUAACCCGCUUCCUCCCCGAGCCGCGAGGAUGUGGGUUGGAGGGGGCAGCCAGAUUUGGGGAGGCCGCGAGGAACGCGUCGACCUUUCCCCGCCAUUUGGCACCGCCAAUUUGGACAGAGCUGGGCAAACGGAGGUCUUUGGACCCCCAACAAAUGUGCCCAUCGGGUACCCUUUCAAGAACGCCGCAUUCUCGGGCAGCUGAGCUUGGGAGGCUGGCAGGGGCCGGCGCCAGGGCUUGGCAGGGCCGUUCCCCUGGCACACACCUCGGCACGGGGGCCGCCGAAUCUCCCGCGAUGGGGAGGUAGGCCCCCGCUGAGAGAAGCAACCCCUUGGAGGUGGCCUUCAAGCUCUGGGGGCCUCCGAAACCUACAGCGAGCGCUGGCCACCUGCCCAAAUCUUCUUCCUCAUCUUUUGGGAGAGCGCAACAAACUGCUUCUCGUUUCAUAUUCCCCCCCCCAAUUUUAUUGGGGGGCCAUACUCUCCAACGUUUCUCCCCUGAAAAUAGGGACGUCCUGUUCCACCCCCUCCAACGUUUCCCCAUUGAAAAUAGGCACGCCCUAUUCCAUCCCCUCCAACGUUUCUCCCCUGAAAAUAGGGACGCCCUAUUCCAUCCCCUCCAACGUUUCUCCCCUGAAAAUAGGGACGCCCUAUUCCAUCCCCUCCAACGUUUCUCCCCUGAAAAUAGGGACGCCCUAUUCCAUCCCCUCCAACGUUUCUCCCCUGAAAAUAGGGACGCCCUAUUCCAUCCCCUCCAACGUUUCUCCCCUGAAAAUAGGGACGCCCUAUUCCAUCCCCUCCAACGUUUCUCCCCUGAAAAUAGGGACGCCCUAUUCCAUCCCCUCCAACGUUUCUCCCCUGGAAAUAGGGACGUCCUAAGGAAAAGCAGGACAUUCUGGGAUCAGAUCUGAAACCGGGAGGGCUUCUGUAAAUCUGGACUGUCCCUGGGAAAUAGGGACACUAGGAGGGUCUGGAAUCUACCGGAAAAGGGGCAUCAUUGGGGACUUUUGCCUCCUGCCCCUUUCUCUCUCCCCCCCCCUCGUAAUGACGCCCCUGUUUUCAUCAGAGAAACACUGGAAGGUAUGCAAUGCAGGGAGCCCAAAGCCAAGCGUCUCGACUGGCCCCGGUUUCCCGGAAAACAAAUCACCGCUCGCGAUUCAUGUCACCCCCCCCUCUUUUGGCACUGGGCGCCCGUGGCUGAAGGCUGUUCCCCCUCCGCCGUUCGCAGUACGCCAUGUCCCUGUCCUCUCCAAAUCACCCAUCCUGUGCAGAUCUCACAACAAAGAGCAUUUAUGUCGGCUUUAAGGCUAGGAAGGGAAAGCGCACACACACACACCCCACAAUUGUCCUGUAAUGAUCUGUUAUCAACAGCUCAGGAUGAUGGAGUUUUGCACCCCGCUGGGCAUGUGAUGGGAGGCUGCCCAAUCACCGCAGGAUGCCCUGAGGUCCACACGAGCACAUUUAGAGACACGGGGAGGCCGAGGCUGUGUCUUACGGCUUUUUAACAUGUGUUUGUGGGAAGGGGGGGCCUGUCUAGUUCAGGGUUGUCUGAGCGGCAGCUGCCGAUCAGACUCACUGUCCUUUCCCAAACUUUCCCAGUGAGGCCAGGAACUGAGAGUUUCCGCCUGCCAAAGCAGACACCCAGUGGCUGAGCUACAAGAUCCUAGUCCUCAUGGUGGGUUUAAAAUCGGCGUGUCUGAAUGGUCCUGAACGGUGUAACCCUGCCCUUGUUGCUCCUUCAAGCGGUCGAACACGGACCGGAGUGAGUCGUACAGGAUGAUGGGGAUGAAGAUGUCGGCGUCGCUCUCAUCCUUCUCGUAAUUCUCCAGAACCUGUAGGAGAUGGGAAGUUAGUUGGUGUGGGGGGGACUCCCUGGUCCUGUAUGGGGCGACUGUGCCCCCGAAGGACCAGGUGCGCAGCCUGGGGGUCAUUUUGGACUCACAGCUGUCCAUGGAGGCACAGGUCAGUUCUGUGUCCAGGGCAGCUCCAUCUGGUACGCAGGAUGAGACCCUCCCUGCCCGCAGACUGUCUGGCCAGAGCGGUGCAUGCUCUGGUUAUCUCCCGCUUGGACUACUGCCAUGCGCUCUCCAUGGGGCUGCCUUGGAAGGUGACCUGGAAACUACAACUAAUCUAGAAUGUGGCAGCCAGACUGGGGACUGGGAGUGGAGACCACAUAACACCGGUCCUGAAAGUCCUACAUUGGACAUUUCCGGGCACAAUUCAAAGUGUUGGUGCUGACCUUGAAAGCCCUAAACGGCCCAGUAGACCUGAAGGAGCGUCUCCACCCCGGACACUGAGGUUCCUCUCCUGAGGGCCUUCUGGCGGUUCCCUCCCUGCGAGAAGUGAGGUUACAGGGAACCAGGCAGAGGGCCUUCUUGGUGGUGGCGCCCUCCCUGUGGAACACCCUCAAGGAGAUAAACAACUACCUGACUUUUAGAAGGCAUCUGAAGGCAGCCCUCUUUGGGGAAGUUUGGUGUUUUAUUAUGUUUAUAUAUGUGUGGGAAACCGCCCGGACUGGCUGGGCUGACCGAGGCGGAUGGGCGGGGAACAAAUAAUAAAAUUAUGACGGUCAUGAUUCGCCCUAGGUGGGCAAGCUGAGGCGUGCACAGGUGUGCUCUGCGACAGAGCUGCUGCCUCCCUUUCACCUGCUGCCGACCUUGUUGGUUAAUCUAACCCGGAAUCGGCCAAUCGAAGGCACACCCAGCGCUGCUUUGGCCCUGGCUGGCUUCCCGUACCUUGAAGUCCCCUUUCGGACGCUCAUUUUUCCCUGACACUGUUCGCUAGAUACAGGCCCUUCACAACAAAGGAGAGUAUUGUUUCAGAGGGAAGGGAAGGGCAGAGAGAGAGAGAAGAGAAACAGUCAGGAGCAAAGAGACUUUGGCCAGCUCUGUGUCCGUCCUGGGAAUGAACGUGAGCCUCUGUUAACGGAGAAAUCUGAAGGCUCCCUUGGACAAAAAACAAGGACCCCAGCCAGGAAUACCAGAGCAAAACAGCAGCCAGGAGGCUUGGUCUUUAUUGAAGACAGACAGGACUCCCACCUGCCACCAGGUGGAACAAGAUGGAAGCCCCAAACAAAAGAGAACCCAAACUUUUAUUAGCUGCUAAUCCCCAUUACAGGGACACGGGUGGCGCUGUGGGUUAAACCACAGAGCCUAGAGCUUGCUGAUCAGAAGGUCGGCUGUUCGAAUCCCUGCAAUGACGGGGUGAGCUCCCAUUGCUCGGUCCCUGCUCCUGCCAACCUAGCAGUUCAAAAGCACGUCAAAGUGCAAGUAGAUAAAUAGGUCCCGCUCCGGCGGGAAGGUAAACGGUGUUUCUGUGCGCUGCUCUGGUUCGCCAGAAGCGGCUUAGUCCUGCUGACCACAUGACCCGGAAGCUGUACGCCGGCUCCCUCAGCCAAUAAAGCGAGAUGAGCGCCGCAACCCCAGAGUUGGUCACGACUGGACCUAACAGUCAGGGGUCCCUUUACCUUUUUAAUCCCCAUUACACCCCCCCAAACUACAUCACUCAUACAUCAUGGUUACAUCAUGAAAGGGGAGGUCUGGUAGCCACAAUCUGAGCAUCCUGGACCCUGCCCCAUGGUUCCCCUUGCCCUCCACCAAACACCCAUCAAGUGGAACAAAAGAGAUAUUUACAUUUCCUCGUUUCCCAGCCAAGUUCAUCCCACCCUUUUGUCUUCAUCUGGGUUUGUUCUUUCUGGAAUGGCUACCUGUCUGGCACUCAGGUAUCAGGAGGCCAGGGAUUAUCACUCAGGCAGACGGGCUGCUGAGGAGCUGAGCUCACAGGUCUAUAGGAAUUUCUGAAGUUUUCCCAGUGAGCCAGUACAGAGAUACAUUGAUCAGUGAAUUCUUACAUUUGGUAUCGUGCAGCAAAGGCCCUUUGAAUAGAUAGGAAGAAACUGCGAUGAAGUGUUUUGUGGGGACAAAUCACAAAAGUCACAAAAGCGAUUGUGCUGGUUUUGGUAGUGGGUUGCAUGUGCGUGAUAUCUGCUGGAGGGGCAACCCCCCCCCCAACCUAUACAUAAAUUCCUGCAACACUCUGCAAAAAGUUCAGAGGGAGGGAGGCGAUCUUUGCAGGCUGUUCCGAAAAGGAGAGAGAGAAACGGAUCAUCGCUUGGCAGACAGGCGAUGCGUUUGGAAGAGCUUGCAGCAGGCUUGGCCGCCAAAGGAAUAUUGUCUGGUUUUUCCAUGUGGGGCCGGAAUGAAGACAUUUCCAGGGUUUAACUCCCCUUGUCCCGGCCACCUCCGGAAAUGCAACAGAGAGUGGGUUUUUUUGCAUUUUUGCACGCCAGUGGAAAAAGCACUCUCCUCCACAGAGACCUUCUUUGGGUGUUGAAAUAUUAGCAGGGGGGUCCCUUUUGGAAGUGCAAAUUUGGGGAGGUGCGAUUCCGUUUGCAUUUAACUAAUUUCUCCUUUUGGAAACGCGGCACAAACUGGAACGGAGCCGAGCUAUGAUAUUCACGCUUCUCCGAAUUUUGCAAAGGAGUUUUUCCAGCCCUGCAGUAAUGUGUACAAAAAUACGCAGAUUAGGGAAAAUGCACAAAUUAGACGCCUCUUUCGAGUCUUUUUAUUCUUUUAAUGCCAACACUCCUAAAACAGGAGUUGCUUAAACAAAUUCUUUAUUCACUUGACAUCUGGCGGGAGAGUGUUCCCGGAGACUGACUCUGAUUAUCGCCUGCUUGGACUACUGCCAUGCGCUCUCCGUGGGGCUACCUUUGAAGGUGACCCAGAAACUACAACUAAUCCAGAAUGUGGCAGCUGGACUGGGGACUGGGAGUGGAGACCAUAUAACACCAGUCCUGAAAGACCCGCAUUGGCACCCAGGACGUUUCCGAGCACAAUUCAAAGGGUUGGUGCUGACCUUGAAAGCCCUAAAUGGCCCAGUAGACCUGAAGGAGCGUCUCCACCCCCAUCGUCCAGCCUGGACACCAGGGUCCAUCUCCUGAGGGCCUUCUGCCGGUUCCCUCCCUGCGAGAAGCGAGGUUACAGGGAACCAGGCAGAGGGCCUUCUCGGUGGUGGCACCCUCCCAUCAGAUGUCAAGGAAAUAAACAACUACCUGACUUUUAGAAGACAUCUGACAGUAGCUCUGUUUAGGGAAGCUUUUAAUCUUUAAUGCUGUAUUGCUAUUAAUAUCCGAUUGGGAGCCGCCCAGUGUGGCUGGGAAAACUCAGCCUGAUGGGCGGGUCAUAAGUGAUAAAUUAUUAUUAUAUUAUUAUUAUUAUUAUUAUUAUUAAUGGGCUUGUAUUCCACCUCCUGUUUUCCCAGCGGGAUUUUGAUUUAACUAGGGCGACGGGGAGCCUCUGCUGUCCGAGAGGAGGACAACAAAAGCAUCCCUUGUUUGCGACACAUUCUUGCCCUCGUUUCGAGAGGGAAAUCGAGCAUGGAGCAGCCCCGAGAGGGAUGGAAUUUCUCUCCCGGUUGCAAACAACAACAGAUUCUUGUUCGAGGUUUGCCUGGCUGAAGGCCCGCAGGAGCCCAACGAGGUCCCUUUUCGGAGAGAAUUGCUUUUCUGUAUCUUCUUUGAGCUCUCUGCUUCCUCACUCUUGGGCUGGAAAAGGUUCCCUGUCCCUGGCAGAAGCAAAAUACAGAUCCAGUUCGUCUUCAAAGGCAAACCCAUCGAAUUUGCGUUUCCCGGAGCGAAACGAGAACCAAAAUAUAUAGGUGGAAUAUGCCUGUGUAAAAGAAUGUCAAAAUAUCAAUCGGCUGGCAGGUUUCGACUGAGUUUCUCGUUUAUAAAUCGGAUAACUUUAUAAAAUUUAAAGUUAAGCCGAACAACAUGGAGGAAACAAAACUAAGUGCAGAAUCCAAUUCGGGAACUCAAUGCGAAGAUCAGAGGUCACGUUAAAUUCAAUUAUAAAAUGAUGUUUUAUCAAUUCAAUUUGUAAAAUUUAUAAAUUCAAUUAUAAAAUGAUGAAGUAUCAAUGAAGGAACGAAUGACUGUUUAUUUUUAUUUUGUCUUCAACAUCUAUUGAGUAUUUCCGUUCUACAGUUUCAAAACCAAUAAAGCAUUAAAAAGAGAGAGAAAUGAAAUACGGCCGUGCUUGGAUUUUGCGACACAGUUCUGCAACCGACCGAUGUUUGCAAAAAAAAAAAAAAUAUGCACAGCACAUGUACGUCAGGGGAAAUAACAUACCCAAACUGCUUUGUAUUGCAGGGGCAAAUCCUGUUGUAGUUUGAAAAAUUCAUAAAUAAAAGCUUUUUUUUUAAUAAUAAUAAUAAGGAAAAAGUAACCGCCUUCCCCGUCUCAUGGCCAAGAGGGGAAUAAGAUCACUGUAUAAAUAAUCCAUAGUAACGUACGAAAACAUAUACAGAACAGAUAGUGAACAAUAUACAUAGAUGGAUGGAUAGAUAGAUGAUAGAUAGAUAGAUAGAUAGAUAAUAGAUGGAUAGAUAGAUGAUAGAUAGAUAGAUAGAUAGAUAGAUAGAUAGAUAGAUAGAUAGAUGAUAGAUAGAUACACACCUACCCACUGUGUUUCAGUUCUUUUCUUCCAAUUGACUUCCUUCAUCCUCAACACGGUUCUCUUUUCAUUUUUGGUAAACUGUCUCCUUCUUCGUUCGUUAUUUCCCCCUUUUUCUUACCAUUUUUAAUUUAAGUACCAUAAAUUAUCUCCCAGAAGUGAAUCGAAACAAGCCCAAGUAUUAAUUUGAGGGCACUGCUUUUUAAGGUUUUCCCACUUAAAAAAUAAUAUAUAUAUUAUUUUUGCUUGUACUGGCCCCUAAUUGCCUCUGUCAGCCUGGCCAAUUCAAUAUAGUCAAAUUGUCUUGCCGUUCAUUCAUUUAUUUAUUUUUGUCGGUAUUAUUUCUUUCCCCCCUGGUUUUGUGCAGUUUGUGUUCUCGCAGCCCCUGUCGCAUAAAGGAAUCUUUUCUGAUUUUCUCUGGCUAUAUCUGUGUCUAGUAUCCCAAAUUUUGGGGCUGCCACUCAACUUUUUCUCUUCCCCCCUGCGAUUUCAGGAGAAGAGGAAGCGCCAAGCCGAGAUCGAAAACAAGAGGCGGCAGCUGGAAGACGACCGGCGUCAGUUGCAACACUUAAAGGUAGGGAGAGCUGCCGGCCUGUGGCUGGAAGGAAUUAGGAUCUGAACCCGCUCCCCAAAAAAUCAGGGGGGGGGGAGGCACUCACUGUUUGCCAGAAGUUGCUUAAGGUCAUGCAGAGACAUUCGGCAACUGAGGUUAUGCUAAAUAAUGCUUUAAAUAAAUUUAAAAAGCAACAAUAGCAACGAUAACCCAGAUGACCCCUUGGGGUCCCUUCCAAGUUGUACGACUCUACGAUUCUUCCCUUUGCCUCUUCGUUGCCUCCAGUCAAAGACCUUGAGGGAAAGAUGGUUGCUGGAAGGAGCCCCUUCGUCGACGGCCGAGGAAGGUGACGCCUUGAAAAAGCAGAUGCAGGAGGACGACUUGAAGGCCAAGGAGCUGGAAGAAAGCAUCCAGAGGUAAGGGCUCAGGUGUGUUAUUGGCCGAGGGAGCCAGCGUCCAGCUUCCGGGUCAUGUGGCCAGCAGGACUAAGCCGCUUCUGGCGAACCAGAGCAGCGCAUGGAAACGCUGUUUACCUUCCCGCUGGAGUGGUACCUAUUUAUCUACUUGCACUUUGAUGUGCUUUCGAACUGCUAGGUUGGCAGGAGCAGGGACCGAGCAACGUGAGCUCACCCCGUCAUUGCGGGGAUUCGAACCGCCAACCUUCUGAUCGGCAAGUCCUGGGCUCUGUGGUUUAACCCACAGUGCCACCUGCGUCCCUUGGGUACCUUAAAAUUCCUGUAACAGGGAGUUGGAUAAUUUCGAUGACAGAUGAUGAUGAAUCCUGAUGAGUUCGUUGCACAGUUUAUAAAGCAAAGGGGAGAGAGAGAGAGAGAGAGAGAGAUGCGUUCGCUGCCUUUAGAAGUUGCAGGAGAUACAAGACUCACAUAUGUGGCUUAGGGCCCUUGUAUUUAUGGAACCGCGUCUCCUGGUCUGCCCCGCAGAGGACCUUAAGUUCCAUAAAUAACCAUAGUUUAGAGGUCCCGGGUCCUAAGGAAGUCAGACUAUCCUCUACCAGGGCCUUUUCAGUGGUGGCUCCGACCUGGUGGAAUGCUCUGUCCCAUGAGACCAGGGCCCUGCAGGAUUUAACCUCCUUCCGCAGGGCCUGUAAGACAGAGCUAUUCCGCCUGGCUUUCAAUUUGAAUUCAGCCUGAUCUUUUAUUUCCCUUCCCUUCCCUCCCCUUCUAUGAAGAUCACCCGCUCUGAGACCCCACAGCUAAUUCUCCCCUGACCUCCUCACUGGCCCAAGUAGGACCAAUUCAGCCAGCUAGCCCUGGGGAUUAUCUAAGGCUUAUUUCCCCUAAAUCAAUUUUCGAAUUUUAUUGUUAUUCAUGUUUUUAUACUGUAUCUUAUGCUGCUUUUUACAAUUAAGUGUUUUAAAUUUCUUGUUAGCCGCCCUUAGCCCGGUUUUUGAACCGGGAAGGGCGGUGUAUAAAUAAAAAAAUAUUAUUAUUAUAUGCCGGCCACUGCAUUGAUGUGUUUCAUACGGCAGACUCCUCUGGGGGAAACAGCCUCUCCUCCAGAACAGAGCGUCACUGGCAAGGCUUCGAUGUCUCUGUUCCAGGCUGCACCUCUCCCUUUGGCAAGGGCUGAACCGCGGUCCGCAUUUGGGGAGGCCAAAAGAAAGGGAGAGGUUUAGAGAGGGUUAUGCAAACCGAGGAAACCGUCUUCUUCCAGGGAUGAGCAUUCAUUCCCCUCCCUCCAGAGCCCCUCUCUUCCCUUCUCCUGCUCUAAAGGGAUCCGGGCAGGCAGCGGAUGCAAAAGCCAUCUCUGCUUUCCAAUUAAGAGACAGCUGGUAGCUGUUCCUGCCUCCGGGUCUCCCGGGCGAGAAAAUCCCAUUGUUGAGUCUUUUCAAAGUUUGCACGGGGAUGAAACGGACCUGGCGGUAGCCCCAGCCAGAAGCGGAUCUCUGCAAAGUUUGCUUUUCGGUCUGGAGGAAAGGCAUGUUCGUGGAGUCAUAGAAUUAAAUAAUAAUAAUAUUCACACCCCUCCCAUCUGGCUGGGUUUCCCCAGCCACUCUGGGCGGCUCCCAACAGAAUAUUAAAAUUAGAAUAAAACAUUAAAAGCUUCCCUAUACAGGGCUGCCCUCAGAUGUCUUCUAAAAGUCAGAGAGUUGUUUAUUUCCUUGGCAUCUGAUGGGAGGGAGUUCCACAGGGCAGGCGCCACCACCGAGAAGGCCCUCUGCCUGGUUCCCUGUAGCUUCACUUCUCGCAGGGAGGGAACCGCCAGAAGGCCCUCGGGAGAGGGACCCCGGUGUCCGGGGUGGAGACGCUCCUUCAGGUCUACUGGGCCAUUUAGGGUUUUCAAGGUCAGCACCAACCCUUUGAAUUGUGCUCGGAAACGUCCUGGGAACCAAUGGAGGUCUUUCAGGACCUGUGUUAGUCUCCACUCCCUUCCAAUGCCGUUUCCCUCUUCCAGGUUGGAGAAGGAGCUGGAGCAACUGGAAAACGGGAUCUCAGCGUCGUCCACCAAAGAGAACAUGGCUGAAGAGACGCGGGCGGGGGGCAAGGAGGACAAGGCACCCCGCACACCGAAGGUAAGAAGCCGUCCUUCUCUUCCCCCCCCCCUCAGCCUGAGAAUAUAUUUAUUAUUAUUACUAUUAAUAAUAUUAAUAUUAGUGUUGGAAGCUGCCCAGAGUGGCUGGGGCAGGUGGAUAGAUAGAUAGAUGAUAGAUAGAUAGAUAGAUGAUAGAUAGAUAGAUAUAGAUAGAUAGAUAGAUAGAUAGAUAGAUGUAAACUGCUUAAUUUAUUAUUUGCUGAUGUUUAAUUUCACUUUAUACUAUGGGAUCCUAAUGGAUUAUUGAAUAUUGCUUUAUUUGAUAUGAGCUGUCUAUUGUGACUUUUUAUAUUGGGUCAGAUUGUUGCUAUAAAUGCUUGAUGUUUUUACUACUACUACUACUACUACUACUACUACUACAACUACAACUAUGUGUGUUGGAAGCCGCCCAGAGUGGCUGGGGCAGGUAUAAAUCUAUUUAUAUAUAAAAAAUCUCAGCCUGGCCUGCCCCUCAGGGUUAUGUGACCUAGGCCACCUCAAAUUCAGAAGAUGGUGCUGGUCUGGCUCCCGUGUUUUUAAACUUUGAUAUACUCCAUUUAAAUAUAUUUUCUCCCCCUCCUCUUAAUGUCUGCUUUCUUUUUCCACAGACUCCUCUAGGCUCGGCCAAAGGUAGGUACCUUUGUUUGUUUCUUUCUUUGUUUGCAUCUAUAUCCCACAUUUUCCUCCAAGCUGAACGUGAGCCAACGGCGUGUUGCAGCAGCAAAAAAGUCUAGUGCUAUUCUAGGCUGCAUCCACAAAAGUCCAGUGUCCAGAUCAAGAGUCCCUCUCGAUUCCGGCUUGGUCAGACCACAGCUAGAAUCCCGUGUCUGGUUCUGGGCACCACAAUUUAAGGAUAUUGACAAGGUGGAAAGUGGACAAGAUGAUCAAGGCGUCUGGGAACCGAGCCGGAUGAGGAAUGGUCGAAGGAGCUGGGGAUGUUUAGCCUUGGAAAGAGGAGGGAUAGGAGAGCCAUCUUCUGAUAUCUCGAGGGCUGUCCCAUGGGAGAGUGUACAUGCGUGCUUCUUUUCUCCUGCUCUGCAGGGCAGAACUCGAACCCGUGACUUCCUUAGAGGGCCACUGGGGCGGAGGUCCUCUACCCCCGUUUUUAAAUCCCGGUUGGAUUUCAAAAAGGAGCUACAGCCGUACCUCCCCUUACGUACCGGGGAGGCGAACGCAGCAAACCCGGAAGUAUUUUUCUGGGUUUCUUCGCUGCCGCGCAUGCAUGAGCAGAAGCGCUAAACCUCUUAUUUUUUUUAAUGGAACCCCUUCUAUAGGAUCCUGCAUAUACAUUUUCCCUCGGCCCUUUUGCUGGCCCGUGUAGGACCAGCAGGGAUAGCUGGCCCUGGUGAAUAUUCGACGUCUCCUCUCCUUACGGUCUUGAUUUAUGGGCCGCCAGUAAAACGAGGCUGCAUUUUAAGCCGUAUUUUAAUCAAUUGCGGGGAGUUGUUUUGUUUUUUUCAACUAUAUUUUAUAUUUGGUGUUAGGUGCCCUGAGCCCGGUCUUGGCUGGGGAGGGCAGGGUAUAAAUAAAAAAUUAUUAUUAUUAUUAUUUAUUAUAAACCACACCUCGCACAUGCGCAGAAGCCCCGCCUCUGUAUGACAUCAGAGCAGGGAGCAGUGCAUUGUCCUGCUGUGAUGCUAGGUUGGUAACGCCAAGGUUGCGGGUUCGAGUCCCUGCCUCGUGGGGGGUUGGACUGGAUGACCUUCAGGGGUCCCUUCCGACAGUUCUGUGAUUCUAACUCCCUCCCCACCCUUCUCCUCCUUGCCCCCCAAGUGGAAAACAGAGCCUCCAACAGCCCUUUAAAAGUGGUGGAAGGCGGUGGGAUGAUGAAGGCAGGUAGGUCGGAUCGUGGCCUCUUGCUCUUACGGGCGCACUAAUCCUUUAAGCUCUUGGGCCCCCCCAAAAAUGGGGCGGCCGGGGGGACGACGGCAAGCCCCUCUGCCUGACUGUAGCGGCAUGCUGCUUUCGCCUGCUUUCGCCGGGAGUGGGGUGGGGUGGCCUAACUAUCUCGGGGGAAGCCCCUGUGUUUUUGGGGGGGCAAACCCCACAUGGCUUAAUUGGUGAUGGGUUAGAGUGGGGCCGGAUUUACGUAUAAGCUAAACAAGCUCUAUCUUAGGGCUCCACUGGAUGUACAUUUCCAAAAUAUUAUCUAUCUAUCUAUCUAUCAUCUAUCUAUCUAUGCCAGUGUCGGAUUUACGUAUAAGCUAAACAAGCUCUCGCUUAAGGCCACACUCUCUUGGGGGCCGCCAAAAGAUUUAAAGGAAAAAACCAACUGGAUGUACAUUUCCAAAAUAUAAGAUAAAAAACAAAUAAAAUAAAACCUACAAACAGCAACAGUGUUUUGUGUGAUGUAGGCUCCUGUGAUGUAACGUGUUUUUCGCUCUAUAUGACGCACCCGACCAUAAGACGCACCUAGUUUUUGGAGGAGGAAAACAAGAAAAAAAAUAUUUUGAAUCCCACAAGCAUGAAAAGCAAGAGGGAUCGCUGCACAGCAAUCUCUCUUUCUCUCCUGGCUUCAGCGAUAGCUGCGCAGCCUGCAUUCGCUACAUAAGAUGCACACACAUUUCCCUUACUUUGUAGGAGGGGGAAAGGGCAUAUUAUAGAGUGAAAAUCCUGCCAACCUAGCAGUUCGAAAGCACGUCAAAGUGCAAGUAGAUAAAUAGGUACCACUCCGGCGGGAAGGUAAACGGCCACGACUGGACCUAAUGGUCAGGGGUCCCUUUACCUAUAGAGCGAAAAAUACGGUAAGUCAUAGGCCACGCCUGCUCGCCUGCUCCCAUAAAUAUCCCUGGUUUGCUCCUUUCUAUAUAUAGGGUGCCUACAUUCUGCAUGGACUGGUUGCAGGGCAACAUGCACAAAUGGCUUGAGAUACCUAUGAGGUCCGUAAAUGACAAUAUAGCAUAUAUUCAACACAAAAAAACAGUGGCAAUGUGUUGUGGACAAAGGACAGCUGGACAUAUAAAGGGCCCCAUUACCUUCAGGAGCUGAGGGCCUCAUCCAACCUAAAUCCGGCCCUGGGUUAGAGAAUGCCGUGCUUAAACUCAAGACUGAAUCCUGCACUUGAGAAUUGCUGCGUCAAUUUCCCCCUCCUUCUUGAUUCCAGGCUAGUGCUCUCUCUCCUUCUAUAUAUAUAAUUUUAUUUUAUUUGUACCCAGUCCACUUUGGGCAGCGUCCAGCGUACGCGAAACCAUUAUAAAACAUUAAACAUUAAAAACUUCCCCUAUGCAAAUCUCUCUCUCUCUCCCUCCGGUUGCAUACGAAAUUAUUCCACCCUCGGUGCAUAUCAGGACCGUUAUCCAAAUUUUACAGGCUUUUUCGGCUGUUCGCGCUGAGCAAAUUGAACCGGCUGUUGCAUUUUCAGCUGAAUUUGGGGGGACCACCUGAACCCCCAAAAAAAGGUUCUUCAUUUGCCCUCGUCUUACAGUUCUUAAAAAUUCCCGUUCCCAAUCCGCCCAGCACAGAUCUUGCAACAUAACUCUUCCCUUUGUGCUUGAACCGAAUGUGUGAGCAGCAGUGCCUCUGAGAAAGUGCAGAGUGCUUUUCUUCACUGCCGUCGCUGUGGGGGGGUGACGUUUGGCAUGGCAAAGGGGAGAAUGGAACGUGGUCUCCCCAGAUUCAGUCCACAAUUCCUCCUCUCGCUCUCUCCAAAUAAACAAACAAUACCGGGAAGAGCUAAUCGCAGGAUCUAAUUGGAAAAUUUUGUGAAUAAAUAGAUUUGCAUUUGUUCUAAUUGCGGGAAAUAAUUGGGUUCUUAAAAAUGAAUUAAUUAAACAAACAGAUUUGCAUCCGUUUCGCUCCGGCGGCAGAAACCAAACUCCACAGCUCAAGAUGAAAUCAAUUUGCGUUAUUUCAGCCUCGCAGGGGAAUCGAAGGGGGGAAGAGUUAGAUAAGCGCUAACGCAUUCUAGGUUAGAGGAAAUGACAUUACGGGAGACGAAAUGCGCUGGGUGAUAUUCUAACGCCGAGGUUUAAUUGGCAGCUUCGGAGGAAGAGAUCUGCGUUCUUUAAUUGCGACUGCAGAACUUAAUGGUUUUGUUUGUUUUGAAUGGAUAAAAGAGUUGACGAAUGGAUUUCACCGAGAAUUUACUGACUCAAGGCGGGGAGUUGUACCCUACCUAGAGUAGACCUAUUUAUACGAACGAGCCGAAGUACAUCAUGCUGGGUGUCUACUCUGAGUAGUAGGGCGGAGGUUGGAUAAAGCCCAUUUUCACUGGAGAAGUAUUGGAGGAGACAUCUUUUUUUCACGGAAGAAACGUUGGAGGGGAUGGAAUAGGUCGUCCCUCUUUUCACGGGAGAAACGUUGGAGGGGAUGGAAUAGGACGUCCCUAUUUUCAGGGGAGAAACGUUGGAGGGGAUGGAAUAGGACGUCCCUAUUUUCAGGGGAGAAACGUUGGAGGGGAUGGAAUAGGACGUCCCUAUUUUCAGGGGAGAAACGUUGGAGGGAUGGAAUAGGACGUCCCUAUUUUCAGGGAGAAACGUUGGAGGGAUGGAAUAGGACGUCCCUAUUUUCAGGGGAGAAAUGUUGGAGGGUAUGGAAUAGGACGUCCCUAUUUUCACGGGAGAAACGUUGGAGGGGAUGGAAUAGGACGUCCCUAUUUUCAGGGGAGAAACGUUGGAGGGGAUGGAAUAGGACGUCCCUAUUUUAAGGGGAGAAACGUUGGAGGGGAUGGAAUAGGACGUCCCUAUUUUCAGGGGAGAAACGUUGGAGGGGAUGGAAUAGGAUGUCCCUAUUUUCAGGGGAGAAACGUUGGAGGGGAUAGAAUGGGACGUCCCUAUUUUCAGGGGAGAAAUGUUGGAGGGGAUGGAAUAGGACGUCCCUAUUUUCAUUGGAGAAACGUUGGAGGGGAUGGAAUAGGACGUCCCUAUUUUCAUUGGAGAAACGUUGGAGGGGAUAGAAUGGGACGUCCCUAUUUUCAUUGGAGAAACGUUGGAGGGGAUGGAAUAGGACGUCCCUAUUUUCAGGGGAGAAACGUUGGAGGGGAUGGAAUAGGACGUCCCUAUUUCCAGGGGAGAAACGUUGGAGGGGAUGGAAUAGGACGUCCCUAUUUUCAGGGGAGAAACGUUGGAGGGGAUGGAAUAGGACGUCCCUAUUUUCAUUGGAGAAACGUUGGAGGGGAUGGAAAAGGACGUCCCUCUUUUCAGGGGAGAAACGUUGGAGGGGAUGGAAUAGGACGUCCCUAUUUCCAGGGGAGAAAUGUUGGAGGGGAUGGAAUAGGACGUCCCUAUUUUCAGGGGGAAACGUUGGAGGGGAUGGAAUAGGACGUCCCUAUUUUCAGGGGAGAAACGUUGGAGGGGAUGGAAUAGGACGUCCCUAUUUUCAGGGGAGAAACGUUGGAGGGGAUGGAAUAGGACGUCCCUAUUUUCAGGGGAGAAACGUUGGAGGGGAUGGAAUAGGACGUCCCUAUUUUCAGGGGAGAAACGUUGGAGGGGAUGGAAUAGGAUGUCCCUCUUUUCAGGGGAGAAACGUUGGAGGGGAUGGAAUAGGACGUCCCUAUUUUCACGGGAGAAACGUUGGAGGGGAUGGAAUAGGACGCCCCUAUUUUCACGGGAGAAACGUUGGAGGGGAUGGAAUAGGACGUCCCUAUUUUCAGGGGAGAAACGUUGGAGGGGAUGGAAUAGGACGUCCCUAUUUUCAGGGGAGAAAUGUUGGAGGGGAUGGAAUAGGACGCCCCUCUUUUCAGGGGAGAAACGUUGGAGGGGAUGGAAUAGGAUGUCCCUCUUUUCAGGGGAGAAACGUCGGAGGGGACACCUCUGUGUUGGAAGGUCUAGGCUAUCAUUUGCAGCCAGCUCCUACCAGAGCGAAUUUUGCAAGCUGCAUUCGCCGUCCUCUUAAUAUAUAAAUGAAGAUGAGGAGUGAAAAUUUACUGGUCCACCUUGAGCCUCACGUUCCUCACUAGCCGGCUGGAGGGGGGCAGGUGAACCCAGAAACUUCAGGCCAGCCCUGGAGGUCUGGCAUUCUGAAUAUGGGCAGGGGGGUGGGAUUGGGGGUAAAGGAACGGGUUGUUGUUGUUGUUGUUUAGUCGUUUGGUCGUGUCCAACUCUUUGUGACCCCCUGGACCAGAGCACGCCAGGCCCUCCUGUCUUCCACUGCCUCCCCCAGUUUGGUCAAACUCAUGUUGGCCCCUUCGAGAACACUGUCCCACCAUCUCGUCCUCUGUCGUCCCCUUCUCCUUGUACCCUCCAUCUUUCCCAACAUCAGGGUCUUUUCCAGGGAGUCUCCUCUUCUCAUGAGGUGGCCAAAGUCUUGGAGCCUCAGCUUCAGGAUCUGUCCUUCCAGUGAGCACUCAGGGCUGAUUUCCUUCAGAAUGGAGAGGUUUGAUCUUCUUGCAGUCCAUGGGACUCUCCAGAGUCUCCUCCAGCACCAGAAUUCAAAAGCAUCCAUUCUUCGGCGAUCAGCCUUCUUGAUGGUCCAGCUCUCACUUCUAUACAUCACUACUGGGAAAACCAGAGCUUGAACUAUACGGACCUUUGUUGGCAAGGUGAUGUCUCUGCCAAUUUCAUUUCCUACCCAUUCCUUUUUUUUUUUUAAUGAACGGGUAGGAAAUGAAAUUGGCUGGUUCCUCCUUCCUGCCUUGCAUUCCUGAAUUGCCAGAGGUUUCAAAGGUCAGAGAAGACCUUUUGCAAGGUCGAAGCAUCCUAAAGGCAGCGGACCCCCCCUCCACAAAGAGGGCCAUUGCCCAUUAACCGCUGCAGAGUUGUCACGCGCCAAAUAAAAUAAAAUAAAAUAAGCCCUUUCAGCGAGGGGCUCGACUCGAUAGGUUUCCAUGCCGCAGGCUGAAAUGUCAUUUAUAUAACCGCGUUCGGUGCAAAUGCAAUUUGCUCCGUAAAGAUCGGGUACGGCGGAGAACAGAAGUAACGUUCUGGCCUCGCGUCGCACGUUUUGGAGCAAGUAUUAAGGCAUAUGUGUCGGUGCCCAGCUUUUUCAUUUUUUUUUACAAUAAUGUUUAUUAAGUUUCAUACAAACAAAACACAUAUUAUAAAAUAAAUGAAGCAAAAACACACACACGAAGAAAACAAAAAUAAAAAAGUGUAACAGCAAAAACAUAAGCAAUACAAGUUAGUUAAUUAAUUAGACUUCCAACCUCAUAAACAUAUUACUUGACUUCCUCCCGUCUGAAUUUCCUUGUAACUGAAUGUAGCAGUUUUCCAACAUCAUUAUUCCAAAAACAAUAUUCCAAUUAUAGUCAAAUUUCUUAACUUUUCUUCACAUUCUAAAUCUCGUUUAUUUAAUUAGCUCCUAAUUUAAACCUAGGCCUAUAUGGUACUUUCAGGUAGCUUCUAAUUUUUUAAUGUUACAAUAUUUAUUCAAAUAGUCUUUAAAUUUCUUCCAGUCUUCACAUCUGAAAAUUUUCCAACCUUAUCACUUAAUUUACAUUUCUUACUUUCACUGUUACCUUUAAAUAGUAUAACUAAUAUCUCUCUUCUUUCUCUUCUUUGCAAUAUUUCAUAGAGUUCUCCUUACAAAACUUCUUGUAGUCCUACUCACGUAAUUUGUUGAUUACAGUUCAAAUAAUUUGUAUAAUUCUUCCAAUCUUCUGUAAAUCUCUGCCAAACGUAAUCCGUUCCGGAAGUCCGUUUGACUUCCAAAAUGUUCAAAAACCAAGGCGCGGCUUCUUCUUCUUCUUUAAUCCAAGUCCUUCAUUAUGAAAAUUAAUACAGCUUGCACAAAAUUCAGUGGCUUCUGAUUGGAGCAGGUGCCCCGGAAACAAACGCCGACAGCCGCACCGGACGUUCAGCUUCCGAAAAACGUUCGGAAACCGGAACACCCGCUUCCGGGGUUUCGGCGUUUGGGAAACAAGGUACUGCUGUAUGUGUGUGUUUAUAUAUAUAUAUAUAUGGACGCGGGUGGUGCUGUGGGUUAAACCACUGAGCCUAGGACUUGCUGAUCAGUAGGUCGGCGGUUCGAAUCCCCGCAAUGACGGGGUGAGCUCCCGUUGCUCGGUCCCUGCUCCUGCCCACCUAGCAGUUCGAAAGCACCUCAAAGUGCAAGUAGAUAAAUAGGUACCGCUCUGGUGGGAAGGUGAACGGCGUUUCCGUGCGCUGCUCUGGUUUGCCAGAAGCGGCUUAGUCAUGCUGGCCACAUGACCCGGAAGCCGUAAGCCGGCUCCCUCGGCCAAUAAAGCUAGAUGAGCGCCGCAACCCCAGAGUCGGCCACGACUGGACCUAAUGGUCAGGGGUCCCUUUACCUUUACUAUAUAUAUAUAUAUAUAUAUAUAUAUACACUUCCUCACUAGGUGCAGUCCAACAGAUGAAGCCCCACAGGCGCCAAUGGGAAUUAACCCACACGAAGCAGGGAAGGGCUGCUUUUUGCAGGCUGCGCUCGGCACUGUAGACAAGAGGCUCCCUUUCUCCUUACGGGGACGGACGGACCCUGCGCACCGCUUUCUAACCGCACCCCUUGCACUUUGGAGCUUGCCCCCUCUGCACCCGCUUCGCGGCCUCACGCCUUGCUCGUGCGACGCACGCCUUGCUUUCCAGUGGGAGUCGGGGCCCCGGGAGCUGCGGUGGGGCGGCAGGGCUUCACUCUCCUGUUUGCCCCCCAGCUAUGUACUCUGUGGAGAUCACGGUGGAGAAGGACAAACUGACGGGCGAGACCAAGGUCCUGUCCAGCACCACCAGGCUGCCCAAAGACCGCUCAGUUCAGGGGGUCAAGGUGUACGAGGACGAGAUGAAAGGUACGCGCCAGCGGAGGGCAGGGUCCGGAAAACGGUGCCUGGGAUGUCGUCGUUUUUGCCAUCUCUGCAAACUCACAAAUCUUAAUUUGAUGUUUUACGUUCGGCUGCAAGCCACGGAGAGGGGCCUCCCUUCCAACCCCGAAAUGCAACGCAGCGUAGAAACUAUUUGAAAUGAAAUGAAAUAAAUAGGUUCCCCUAGCUUGAGCAGAUAUCUGCUCCUAUCAUGCCACGGGGCGCUGCGUAACGCAGGAAGUAACGCAGAAAUGGGGAUACUGUGAGCCUCUGGAUGUUGCAAGGCUCCGGCUCCCAUCGUCUGUGACCAUUGGCCAUGCUGGCCGCUGGGAGUGGGAGCUUGUCAAUGUAUUAUUGUCAUUGUAUUGCAUUGCAAAGGGGGUUGGUCUAGAUGACCGCUGGGUGUCCCUGCCAAUCUGCGAUUCUACGGUUCUUUUGAUUCCAGAGAAGUCAAUGGGUUUACUCCAAGGUAAGUGACGGAAAGAUCGCAACUUCUGAUGGUCCUUGCAGAGGCAAUAAUAAUAAUAAUGAUAUUUAUACCCCGCCCAUCUGGCUGGGUCUCCCCAGCCAUACUGGGCGGCUUCCAGCGGAAUAUGAAAAUACAACGAUUCAUCAAAUAUUAGAAGCUUCCCUAAACAGGGCUGCCUUCAGAUGUUAUCUAAAGGUCAAGUAGUUGUUUGUUUAUCUCCUUGACAUCUGGCGGGAGGGCGUUCCACGGGGCGGGCACCACCACCGAGAAGGCCCUCUGCCUGGUUCCCUGUAACCUCGCUUCUCGCAGGGAGGGAACCGCCAGAAGGCCCUCGGGAGAGGGACCCCGGUGUCCGGGGUGGAGACACUCCUUCAGGGAUUCUGGGCUGUUUAGGGCUUUCAAGGUCAGCACCAUCCUUUGAAUUGUGCUUGGAAAUGUCCUGGGAGCCAAUGUAGGUCUUUCAAGACCGGUGUUAUAUGGUCUCCACUCCCAGUCCCCAGUCCAGCGGCCACAUUCUGGAUUAGUUGCAGUUUCUGGGUCACCUUCAAAGGGAGCCCCACGGAGAGCGCAUGGCAGUAGUCCAAGCGGGAGAUGACCAGAGCAUGCACCGCUCUGGCCAGACAGUCCGUGGGCAGGGACUGAACAUGAGUCGUUCUGCCCGCUGAUGAAACACUCUUAACCACUGAGCAUGGUUCCAGGUCGGGGCUCAAGGCUUUUUCUCUCUGUCUCUUUUCUUGCAGUGGUGCACGCGGUCCGCGUCGAAGACGGGGCGCUGGAGAACGGCUUGCAGCAGCUCAGCUCCUCCGAGGUGGAUGAGCUCAUCCACAAGGCCGACGAGGUGACCCUGAGCGAAGCUUCGGAGGCGGCCAAGGAGCCCCGCAGCAACCCGCCGAGCCAGAAGGCGACCCCGAGGAAGGAGAUCACUGGCGUGCAGGCAAAGCCGGUGGAAACUCCAAAGUUGAUGCCGGCCGGCCAAGGCCCCGAACCCAGCGAGGAAAAGCCGGUCACCAUGAUCUUCAUGGGCUACCAGAACGUGGAGGAUGAGGACGAGACCAAGAAGGUCCUGGGUCUCGAGGGCACCAUCCGGGCGGAGCUGGUGGUGAUUGAGGAUGCCGAAAACAAGGCAGCGUCGGCGACAGGGAAGGAUCACGCCCCUCCGAACGGCAGCGCGGUGGCCGCGUCCGUCCCCCAGAAGGUGGAGAAUCAAGCCGGGGAGCCGCCAGCAGCCAACAGCACCGACCCCAAAGACGCAGAGCAAGAUCUCGACGCCAAGAAACAGCGCUGCAAAUGUUGUUCGGUGAUGUAAGACGCCCCCCCUCGACUCUACAGCCAAUCAGGACUGCCUUCUCUCCCCUCCCUCUCCCCCACCUCUUCCACAAACUCCUAGGUUUAUUGUGGUUGGUUUUUUUUAAUUUUUAAUUAACAAGACAUGCAGUUCCCGCCGCUCCCAGAGGUUUUGUUUUUCUGUUCCCUUUAAGUGACUGGGGAAAUAUUAUAAUGCAAGAGUUGGUGGCGGCGGCUGGUGUCUGACGCCCAGCGAUGGCCCUGCUACAUCCCGUUUCAUCUCGGUUCGCUUUUUCGUAAGCUGAACAGAUGCGAAAUAUAUUUAUUAGACGCUGUUGUCCUCUCCCCGCCGCUCCCUUGCUCCGAAGCAGAAUCAAUCGGGAAACCUUAAACCGCUGUGGCCAAAGUUUCUUGGACUCACGCUCAACCGAAUAUGAAAGAAAGGGAAUCGGGUGCGUUUCGGUAUUUCCGCCGCUUCGGAACGAACCGGCACGAUUUCCGCCAACGGACUUUCCUUCCGGAGAAGGAAAUUUAACAUCGAUUAAGGAGACUCUUCGUUCUUGCGCUUCUGGGGACCUUUGCAAAUUCGCCGGCCUUCGAAGAUCGCUUCCUGGGAUCUCCGAGAACGUCACUGGCCAGGUUUCUCAUGCCAACGAAAGAAUCCGGCUUGGUAAAACCUAGUUUUGCACACACACACCCUGCCCUGCUGACGUUUAAAAAGACGGUGUUUGGGGUGGGUGGGAGACCAGGGUGACGGGAAUCGGCUGUGGUCCGAGAGCAAACGUCCGGACACUGGGCUUGGCGAUCUGCUCCGUCGGCGAGACAAUCCCAUUCUCCGCGGCUUCGUGGGAAAGCGUCAUGCGAGUCCCGGAAGAAGUUUUGGGGAGAUUGCGAUGGUCGGACCUUGACAGCUCUGAGACCGUCGGUGUUGACGUGGCUUCGUUUUCCCUCCUUAAUUCUUCGACGGUUACCUCUCCGGCUUGUAAAAACUGUAGGACUGACCGGCGGUUCCGAACCGAAACCCGGUCGGGAGGAAAAAUACAGGAGAGGCUGGUUGGUUCGAGCAAAAUGGGGGCACCGACCUGCCACGUUUGGUGGGUCCUCAGCCAACCUUCUCUCACUGCAACCAGACCCUCAGGUGGUGACCCUGACUGCCAAUUCCCUCUCAUUCUCAGUGUUGCCCCUUGUUGAGAAACUAGGAGGUCGGGUGGCCACCUGCCACGAAUGCUUUAGCUGAGAUUCCUCUAUUUUGUGGGUGGGGUUUGGGCGAGAGAACCCUGUGGGGUCAUUUCCAACUCUAUGAUCCUGUGAGUUGGCUCCUCUGGCGCCACCUGCUGACAUCCUCCCGCCUCGCAGACCCAAAUUGCCCUGGCGACUACCGCUGGCAAAAGAUACUUACUCGCUUAGGUGAGAGUCGGCAAGCGAAGCCGAGAGAGCCAGCUGGGAGGGCCUGAUCCGUCCCAAUGAUUAGCAUGGCUGCAGAAGGCUCAGACAAGGGGGCGAGGCAGCCGGGCAGCUCUAGCUAGGCCGGGGAAGCCGGACAGGUGUGGACAGAGCAGGUGAGCUGACUGAGGAGCAGGGGCAGAAAGGAUUUAGAUUAGGGAGGUGGGCUUCUGGAGAUUCCUGGCGCCUCUGACCAUUGGGCAUGCCAGCCACCUCUGAGGCUGAUGGGAAGCGGAGUCUACUGCAAACUUUUGCUGGUCCAAGGGGCUUGUCAUUCCACUGCCCACCCGCCCCCCCCCCUUGCCAAAUUUGAAGUGCCAAAGCAGCCAGGGCUUAGGGCGUGUCGCUUGGGUUUCACGGGCCUACAGAACAGGGUUCCUGCCUUCCCCAGCCACAAAAACUGAGACCUGGGGUGCUUUUAUGCAGGCAGCUACAGCUCAACCUCCUGGUCCCUACGGGGUGAUCAACCACCCUCUUCGCAAUCACAGAGCGGCCCGCCUAACAGGGGUGUCGCUGGGUGCUCUGAAAGGUGCACACCGGGCAAAAUUGUACCAGAUUUACGUCGGUCGGUAUAUAUGUGUUUGGACCAGUGUUUCCCCUCGUCAGUCAAUUGCUUACUCUGUCCAUCAGCAGCCUCUUCCUGCUCUUCUGCCCGUCACAAGCCCUGGCACAACCUACUGGAAGGUUCCCAGCCUCCCGCAGCCACCUGUCCCAAUGGCCAGCGGUGGCCGCUGUGCCCAAAUCCGCUUCUGCCUCCCCAGCUAUGCAGAGACGUAUUAAGCGCUAGCAGCUUUUCCUGAAUUUGCAUCUGCAAAGUUCAUCCCAACCCGCGUCUCCUUUCUGUGCCCCCUUUGUGAUGCGUGGAAGGCCACCCUCUGUUGACCCACUUGGUCCACGCUGGCAUAAGGAAGUGCCUUGAGGGAUCCCCAACCUGCUCAUCUCAUGUCCCCCAACGUUUCUCCCCUGAAAAUAGGGACGUCCUAUUCCAUCCCCUCCAACGUUUCUCCCCUGAAAAGAGGGACGUCCUAUUCCAUCCCCUCCAACGUUUCUCCCCUGAAAAUAGGGACGUCCUAUUCCAUCCCCUCCAAUGUUUCUCCCAUUAAAAUGGGAUGUCCUAUUCCAUCCCCUCCAACGUUUCUCCCCUGAAAAUAGGGACGUCCUAUUCCAUCCCCUCCAACGUUUCUCCCCUGAAAAUAGCGACGUCCUAUUCCAUCCCCUCCAACGUUUCUCCCCUGAAAAUAGGGACGUCCUAUUCCAUCCCCUCCAACGUUUCUCCCCUGAAAAUAGGGACGUCCUAUUCCAUCCCCUCCAAUGUUUCUCCCAUUAAAAUGGGACGUCCUAUUCCAUCCCCUCCAACGUUUCUCCCCUGAAAAUAGGGACAUCCGAUGUUCUAUGUUUUAUUAUGUUUUUUUAUAUGUUGGAAGCUGCCCGGAGUCAGAAGGGUGGGGUAUAAAUGAUAAAAUCAUCAUCAUCAACAUCAUUUUUAUUAUGAAAUAGGACCUCCCUAUUUUCACCGGAGAAAGGGUGGAGGGGAUGUAGGUCCAUCUAGGCACACAACUCCUCACAUCUGUUAUAUCACUGUUUCCAACAUGGCGGCUCCAAAAUGGGAACAGGAAGUGGGGCAGUGUCUCUCCCUUCCGUUCCCCCCUCUCUAGGGUUGGAAGACGAUGUUGUCUUGACAGGGGUUGCCUCUCAAAUUUCCACAGACCAAGCCAGUUUUUUGGGGGUGGGGAGGCUGGCGAGAGCAAAGGAGGUUCCCCCAAAACCAGUGCUUAUUGAAAAUAUUGAGGAGGAAAAGUUGAGCCGAGAUAACUAAUUGGGCCCUAAGAUGCUUGCAAGAUUGCGCUCAGAAGUUAGGACAAUGCCAAGCUUAUAAACCGGUGUGGGAUUGUUGCAUUUACUGCGCGAUCAAAGAAUAAAUCGGUGGAUGGUAGGAGAUGCUGGGAAGUCGGGGAGUCGAGGACUGCGCUUUGAAGAGUGUAGAGAGAGGGAAUUGAGCAGAUUCCGGGAAUCCCUUGGGAUUCCCCUUAUUCCGAAUAGGAUUCCUCGCAAGAAAAGGGAAACGUUGACAGCUAUGCCUUGGGUCAAUGGAGUUUGGAUCCACCAGGCAGAGGUGAGCAGGCCCACACAUUCCCCCAUUUCGUUAUGGGGAGCUGAAGAAUGGGGGGCAGAAGGGGAGAAUUUGACACCCCACAAAAAAAAUUCCGAAACAACAUUGGGGAGGUGGGUGCCAAGACCUCCCCAAACGUCUGAUCCGAUGGGCUUUAUUUUUCUGGGUUGUUUUUGGCCUGGGACCCCAAAUUCCGUUGUCCUGACCAGGAAGUUGACCCCCUCUUAGAACGUUUGCCCUCCCCAAGCCUGGCUUUUAGGGCUGGAGCAGGUGGAGGAGACCAGAUAGGAACUGCUCUCCUGCCUUCUCAAACGGGCGCCGGACAUUUAACGCCGCCGCCGUGUCCUUGCUGGACGUGGGGCAUCGUCCCCGCUGUCCCCCGCCCUUAGCCACCCUUAUCAGGGAGGAGACCAGGGCAGCUGGAUGUCUCUACCAUGCCACUGGCCAGCCAGCCUCUUCUGUCCUCGGUGCCACCCGAACAGCCAAAUGGCCGCCAUUCGGAGAAAUAUAUGUGGCGAGAACCUGGAUUUAUUUGAAGACCACGGGAGGGAACAGUCAAGCAGCACGAAUUUGAGUGAGGGUACCAUCAAACGCGGGACGCGGGUAGUGCUGUGGGUUAAACCACAGAGCCUAGGACUUGCUGAUCGGAAGGUCGGCGGUUCGAAUCCCCGCAAUGACGGGGUGAGCUCCCGUUGCUCGGUCCCUGCUCCUGCCCACCUAGCAGUUCGAAAGCAUGUCAAAGUGCAAGUAGAUAAAUAGGUACCGCUCCGGCGGGAAGGUAAACGGCGUUUCCGUGCGCUGCUCUGGUUCGCCAGAAGCGGCUUAGUCCUGCUGGCCACAUGACCCGGAAGCUGUACGGCGGCUCCCUUGGCCAAUAAAGCGAGAUGAGCGCCGCAACCCCAGAGUCGGCCACGACUGGACCUAAUGGUCAGGGGUCCCUUUACCUUACCAUCAGGUUCUCCGGAGAUGUCACGUCUGGUGCGUCCACCCCCUUCGCUCGCUCCUCUGUCUCAUCUAGCGUGUAAGAUGUGGGGGUCCCCACUCCACCCCCCAAGCCCUCCUUCGUGCCCCCGGUCCUCUGUCGCAGAUCUGGCCCCCUCGGCUUGCCCUUCCCUCGUUUCUCCGCAGCUUUAUCGACCACCCACCACCAGCUGUUUCGACGUCCCGCCUCUCCCUGCCACCAACCUCGCCGCUGUUUCCCUGCCGGUUGGUUUGUAAUAAUGCCUGAGCAGAGCAAAAUAAUAAUAAUAAAGGUGUGAAUCAUCUGGGGGGACGAAACCAGA